AUGAAUGAGAAAAUGGAGUCAAAUGUAUCUGUAACCUGGUUUCCAAGGAAAAAUGUAAACAGAACACAAAAUGUGGAGCAGAACGUCACUUAUGUGGACUACUAUCUUCAUCACACUCCAGUGGCUGCAGUUUUCAUUAUUUCAUACCUCUUAAUAUUUAUUCUGUGUAUGCUUGGCAAUGGUGUGGUCUGCUUCAUUGUAUUGAGCAGCAAACAUAUGAGGACUGUUACCAACCUUUUCAUCUUGAACCUCGCAGUCAGUGAUUUACUUGUUGGAAUAUUCUGCAUGCCCACGACAUUACUGGAUAAUAUAAUUGCAGGUAUUUUAUUUUUAAGAAAAAAAACAUUUUAGUAAAAUAAAUAUUAGUCUUGUUUGUAAUUAUGUUCUCUUAGACUAAAGUAUGCCAGGGGCAGUAAUAAUGGUCUAUAAAGAAGAAAAACGUGGUGGCUUUCUGAUACUGGACUAUUGAUACAUCUUUUGUGGCGUCAAAAAUGUUGGGAAAUAAAAAGUAAAAAAGUAACUUGUAGGUGAUAUAAGGAAGGAAUUUUAAUAAAGAAAGAUAUGUGGGUUUGGUGAAGACAUGUGAGAGGAAUUAAACACUAAGUAGACAAACAAUGGAAGCUGAUUAUAAUUCUACAAAAUAAGGACAAGGGAGAGGUAAAGAAAAAUUAGGAAUAGAAGAGUUAAGGAAAAUUAUAGAUAAGGCUAGAGUGACAAAGUUUUAUUUACAUUUCACUUAUUGUAGAGCCAUUUGAAUUCUAUGUUUCUCCACAUUUAAUAUUACACUAAAACAUUAUUCACUAAUGUCCAAAUGGCCCCAUAUGCCUGAGAGGCAAAAUUAGCCUCUUGGGCCAGUUGGACUGCACAAUCUGGACAUUGUUCAAGCUAUUUAACAAUAUUGAAAUUUUGCAAUUCAUGCACUGAAUUGUGGAUUCUGGGUGUGGGACUUUAAAUUAACAUGUGGGGAUGAUCUGUCCAUUGUGACCAAUGGUUGGAGGCUAUUAAAUUUAAGUAAAGGGGGAGUAUCCUUACCUCCACCUAUGGUUAGCAGGUGGAGAUACUAAUUUUAUACCGAGGAGAAAUAAUGAUCCCAACCCAGCACCUACUUGUUAGUGGCAAGUUGGAGUUCUGUUACCUAACGUCUCCUCCCAAGCCCCCCAUUAGUGGUGCGUAGGAGCUUAAUUAAUAAUAUUGAGUGGACAUGGUGUCCCAACACCAGCCUCCCUCUCUCCUUUAGCAGUUGGCAGGGGAUAUACUAAUAAUACACGAAAAGCCCUUAUUCCACAAUCCCAGUCUCCACUCAUUAGCUGUGGUGGGGGCUCUAUUAUUUAUAUGUGGGGGUCCUAAUAUUCACAGCCAUUAAUUGCAGGAGUGGCUCUAUUAAUAAUAUAUGGAGAUUUACCUAACCCCUCUCAGCAUUCCCAUCUUUAGAGAUGGGUGGAGGCAUUACUCAUAAUAUACUGGGGAACCUAAUAUCUCAAUUCAUGGGUGGUGACACUAUUGAUAAUAAUCAUGGAGUAGAGACAUAAUAGCUAAUGCUAGCCUUGCCAAUGGAUGUAAAGGAAAUUCAAAUGAUAAAUGUACUUGCAAAAAAUGUAUUGAAUUAUAAUUUGUGAAUGUGCAUUCUACUAGUUGCAAUAUUGGUGCUUUGUGAAUCUUCCAAAUCCAAUACUAUAGAGGAUAUGAAAGCACAGAUUUUAAUUUGAAUACCAAGUGCAUCCAUACAAUUGCUGCAGAUUGUCUCGGGCCAAUUAAAUUUCGAUCUUAUUUGGCUUUAGUAAAAUGAGUUAUUUUACCUGGCUUGUAUCCAUUAGGACAAAAUCUGUUUAGUGAAUAACCCUGUUAAUAAAUAUAAUUAAUAAAUAUAAUAUAUAUAUAUAUAUAUAUAUAUAUAUAUAUAAUAUUAAUAUUAUUGUCAACCCUUUAAAGUGCAAGAAUACUGAAAAAGUGUAAGCCAAUUGUUUUAUAAAUAAGAAGGCUUCACAUUUCUUCACACAUUCUGAAAACGUCAUACAAUACACUUUUGAGGGGAGAGGAGGGAGGGGGGAGGAAAUGAAGAUGACCAAACCAACAAAACAAAAAAUUCAAUCAGCACAUUAAACAUUAAAUAUAACACCUAAAUAGGUCAUGGGCAAUAUCCAGUGAGCCACUGGCAAAUACUCCCCCAUCCCAUGCUGAGAUCUGUCAUCAUUAUACAAGCUGGAGGGGGCAAGACCUGACAUGUAAUUAUUUCUAUGGGCUUCUCUCUCUGUUUUUUCUCAAGGUUAGCUUUUUUUUUUUUUUAAGUUACAUUAUUAUCAAUUAAUUGGCAGAAUGCUAUAAAAUAGAUGCAUAGUACUUAAUUUCCAAAUAAUUCAUUGUUGCUGUUAGUUUGACUCAUGUAUGAAGAUGAAAUGAUCAUUGCUUCCAAGAAGUACAUUGUUGCUUUUUUAUUUAAAUUUACAUCAGGUCAUUAUGAUAUUGUCGCAUGAUGUAUUUGCUCAAAAAUAAUACAAAUAUAAGUUUGUAGUCCAUCUUUUGUGACCUCCAUAAAGGGAACAGAUGUUUUCAAGUCCUUAGCUAAAUAGAAACUAAUAAUAAAUAUUAGAACACAUUAGUUUACUCAUAUCUUCCAGUAUCCAAUAUAUCAUCAUCCUGGAAUGAUAGACUUUUAAUAAUCUGUAAAAUUUUUAGCACAUCCUAUACGAAAGCAGUCAGAGUAAAAAGAUAAUUAAUAGAAUUAAAAUUACAUAAAUACUAUGGUGCAGUGAAGUGCUUAUGGUGCCAUGAGUGCCCUGGCACCCCACCACCACAACCAAUGUAAGUAGUUAUCCCUAAUUACAAAUAAUAGCUGGUUGGUUUCUUCCAGAGAGUUGACUUUUUUAUUCAACAAGAAUUAGAUGAUUUUUUUUUGUAGGUUUGGUCAUCUUGAUUCCCUUGCCCAAUAUCAUGUAGCUCUUAUUGAGCUGCCAAAACAUAUCUAAUGCAUUUGAGCCAUGGACUCUAGUAGACCUCUAAACAUGUAAUGUGGUAUCUGGCAUCAAGACAUUAACAGCAGAUACUUUUAAGUCCUGCAAGGUGGGGCCUCAUUGGAUCAGAUGUAAUUGUUCCAGCACAUUAGACGCAUGCUUAAUCAGAUUGAACAGUGGGGAAUUUGGAGGCCAAGUCAACACUUUGAACUCUUUUUCAUGUUAAUCAAACCAUUCCUAAAACAAUGUAUGCAGUGUGGUUUGGUGCAUUAUUCUUCUGAAAGAGACCACUGCCAUAAAGGGACACCAUUGCCAUGACAAGGUGGAAGUGGUCUGCAACAAUCUCUAGGUAGGUAGUAACUGUAAAAUUAACAUCCCCAUGAAUGCCAGGACCCAAGAUUUUCCAAGCAUAACAUUACCUACACCUGUAUAUUCCCACAGUGCAUCCUCCAGCCAUCUCUUCCACAAGUAAACAAUGCCAUCCACCUGAUCUAAAAGAAAAUGUGAUUAAUCAGAACAAGAAACCUUCUUCCACUGCUCCAUGGCCCAGUUUUUCUUUUUUUAAUACUCUUUAAAAAGACAUUAAAACAUAUACCAUUAUGCUUAGUCUCUGAUUAUCAAUCGGUUUUACAUCCUGUGUUAUAUAAGCUUACAAAUACAUGUACAUAUACAAUGAACAAUAAGACACUAUUGUCCCAUGAACGAGAGAUGAAGGUGGGUCCCAGGUCUCUAGUGAAUCGUAUUACAGGAACUUGUUGAAUUAUAUUUUGAAAUCACAUUAAUGCAAGCCACAUUUGCCACAUGUCAAGUCUUUUUGGGGCAUUGAAAAAAGGGAUACUUAGGUCUCUUUCCAUUUUUAUCUGGGAGGUUAAUUGUGCUUUAAUAGCAUCCCAAAAUAAUUUGCCCAUUUGUUGCCAAUUAACGUGCUAUUAUAAUGUUAUGGGCAAUAAAGCAAUGGGUAAUAAAGUUUUCUUUAUAACUUUAUAGUGUGUUUCAGCUAAAUUUAAACACUGGACCCAUUUACAGAUAGAGCUAAAAGCCUUGCACCAUUUUAUUUGAUUCAACACGCAUUAGAGCUCCUUUUCCUAUUUUGUCACUUGAGGAAGUGACUCCAUAGAAUUUAUAGUUCUAAUUAGUUUUGUUGCCUUGGCUAGAAAAUAAUAUCUUAAGAAUCUUAUUCUUGUCUGCUUUAGCUUGAACCAGAUGUUUUUGCAGAAAAUAUUUGACUCUGAGAUAUGAAGAAAAUUCUGAGCUAGAAAGCUAAAAACUUUGAGAUAAUGAUUCAAAGGGUAAAAUUUUACCUUGGGAUGUUACUUGAUCUAGUUUAUUGACACCGCUCAAUACCCAGUUUUUCAAGGAUAAAUCUGGAAUGCUUUCUUAUAUUAGGAAAAAUCCUCAUAAAUCUAAAACACAGUCUUGUAUACCUAACCUACUUUUAAUCUUGUGGCACCCCAGGAUAAUAUGAUUCUGAAUUUUAUUAUGUUCUAUGCACACCCCCCUUCUUUUCUGACUUUUUGUACUCCAGAUCAGUCCAGAUAUGUCUUUGACCUCCAAUGCUUCUGUUUCAAUUUUAAUCCAGCCCUCUUUAUAAGAAGAGAGGAAUUGGGUACUAUGGAUAUGUGCUAUUAUAUUGGCUUGAUAAAAGAUUUUAACAUCUGGAAAAUGAAGGCCACCUUUUAUGGGCAUAAAAGAUAACAUUUUUCUGUUUAUCCUACUUUUUUGCCUUUAUAAAUGACAUUUUUAACAUUAUUUUGUAAUAGAGUUAGCCAGCUAUCCGGGACUUUGAGAGGUAGCAUUUGAAAUAAAUAGUUCCACUUUGGAAUAAAUAGUUCCACUUUGGAAUAAUAUAUGAAUUUACAACAUGAAUUCUCCCCUGCCAGGAUAUUUAAAGGAAUUUCCAGUAUUUUAAUAAUUGGUUUGUUUGUUUUAACAAACUCAUAAAAUUAAGUUCCAUCAGUCUAAAUUUUUUGUAAUCCAAAUUCCCAAAUAGUUAAACUUUUUUCUAGCCCAUGUAAAAUUAUAUUUAUUGGUGAUCGUAUGUUUUAACGCAUUUUCUAUCCCAUUACCCAUAACAGUAGUUUUGUCAUUUUUCAAUUUAUAAUUUGAAACUGAACUAUAGUCCUUGAAUUCUUCCAUAAGAGGGUCAAUUGAAUUCCUAGGGUCAUUUAUAGUAAGUAAGAUAUCAUCUGCAUACAUAAAAAAUUUUCAAUUACUAUCUUUCAUUUCCACCAAUUUUAUUAUUAUUUAUAAUAUUUACAGGCAAAGGUUCAAUAGAUUAUAUAUAUAUAUAUAGUAACGGUGACAGGGGGCAACCUAGUAUAUUAAACCAACUUGAGCAUACAUUGGGCCUGACCAUUUUCGCUGUGGGACUUCUAUAUAAUGCCAUGAUUGCCUCUAAUAUCCAGCCCUUGAUAUCGUAGGAAAUCAAAGUCCGUUCCAAGAAUUUCCAAUUUAGCUGGUCAAAGGCUUUUUCAGCAUCUAUAGCAAUUGUUAAACAAUUGAUUUGUAUUUCUCUUAAUGCUGUUGUGAAUGUUUAUAAUUCUUCUUGUAUUGCAUCCUGACCAUCUUCCAGGGACAAAUCUUUUUUGGUCUGUGUGAAUUAAUUGUGCAAUGGUACUCUUAAGACGUUCAGCUAGAAUGUCUGAAAAGAGUUUUACAUCUGUAUUUAUCAUAGAAAUAGGACGGUAGCACAUUGUUUCAAGGGGAUUUUUACCUGGUUUUAAAAUUGGCAAUAUAUUAGCCCUCGUCAUUUCGAUUGGAAAGUUACCAUUACUUAUGGCAUUAUUGAGCAUUGGGACCAAAUGUAUGCUUAGUUGUUUUUUUUUAAAUGUUUGAAAAAAAAGGUUGGUAAAGCCAUCUGAUCCGGGUGUUUUAGCCUUUUGCAAUUUUGAAAUGGCCAAUUCAAAUUCUUCUUUACUAAUGGGUUUAUUAAGACUAACAAUUUAUUUUGGUAUAAUUUGGGGAGUUUGGUCUUAGUUAAAUACUGAUCUAUAUAAUUAAUUGGAGUAUCUAUUUGAAGAUUGUAUAAUUUUCCAUAAUACUCAUUAAAGCAAUUGCCAAUAUCUUUGGGAUUAAUACAUACAUUAUUUUGAUAUUAUAAUCUUAGUUAUUUGAGAAUGCGAUUGUUGUUUUCUGAGUUUAUUAGACAUCACGUUAUCUGUUUUAUUUCCUCUACAGUAAAAUUUAAAUUUUUGUCUAUUUAUAUUCUUUACAAUCCUUUCAUUUAUAUAUUGAUUAAUUUUGCCUUGUAUAACCUUUAUCUCUUUUGCUUUUACUGCCAAAGGGUCCUUUUUUUUCUUUACUGAGAUGUUAUGUAGAGUAAUAUAUAAUGCCAGUAGAUCUUUAUCUUUCCUUUUUUGUGCCUCAUGGUUCAGUUUAAUAAAAUGUCCCAUUGCCACUGCUUUGUGGGCACACCAGUUGUUUAGGUAGAAUGUGUCAGUAGGAUCAUUCUCUUUAAAAUAAUUUUUAAAACUUAUUAGUUAAAUACUCCUUAUUGUUUUUAGAAAAUAACAAAUAUUUUUUUUUAAUUUCCACAAAGAAUUAUUCUUUAUUGGAAAAUCAUCUUUUAUCUCAAAGAGAAUGAUAUUAUAAUCAGACUGUGUUAUCCACUAUGUUAAUUUUUUCAACUUCUCAAUCAGAUUCAUAUUACCCCAAACAAUGUCUGUCCUGGGGUAGGUAUAAUAGAUUCUUAACAGAUGUGUAAAACCCCUCAUAGUUGAAUAAACUAGACGCCAAGCAUCAAAGAGAUCGUAAUUAUUAAGAGUAUUGGUUAAUGCUUUAGCAUAUUUUACUACUUUGUUGUUUAUCAAACUACCCUUAAGAAGUCUUUAAUCCAUUUGAUGAUCAAGUACACAAUUGAAAUCACCCGUCACCAUAUAUAUGUCCAACUUUUGGUUCCGCUUUCUCUAAAAUUUUAUUCAACAUUGGUACAGGCGCCACAAUAGGGAGAUAUAUAUUAAGUAUCAUGUAUUUCACAUUAUUAAUUUUACAAAUCAAAAUCAUGUAUCUCCCUUCAGGGUCUAAUUCUUUAUAUAAAUUCUCCCAUUUAAUGUUAUUGGGAAUCACAAUAGCUACGCCUCUCUUUUUUCUCAAAUGUAUGGACGCAUGAAUAAUAGUUGGAUAUCUCUUACCUCCCAGUUCACAUUAUCCCCAUGUCUCCAAUGUGUUUCCUGUAAUAGACAAAUAUCCACUUUUUCCUUAACAAGGCAGUUAUAUAAUUGUGACCUUUUAUUCAUAGUAUUCAAGCCCUGUGCAUUCACCAAAAGAAACCAAACCAUAAUCUAAAAUUACAUUGACCUGGGACCUCAUCUCCGCCUCUCGACACUGGACAAUACAUACAACAACAAACCAAGACAUUUGAGCCCUCAGAAGAUCACAGAGAAGCAACGUUAAAAUACAACCCUUCCAGGGUCUCCAAAAAUCCCCUAUUGAGACUCCUACUCUCGUCAGCAUUUAUUCAGAAUGAGAUAUAUACCUUAUAUCAGGCAUCAAGUAGGGCUACUCAAGGGGGACCUUAUCUAUCAGUAUAAUCACCUAACUUUUAAAUUAAGGUUACUUUGUUAUUUCCAUUUUAUUUUUCCUUUCUCCAUUUUCUUCCCUUUCCAACUCUGUUCCCUCUUCAUCUUGUCAUAAUAGGGGUUAUACAAAUUGGAUCCAUACCUACAAAAGUGGCAUAUAUUUUGCCCAUUUGGAUAUAACUAAAUCAACUAUCUUAUUCUAUGUGUCCUAUUCACACCCAUAGGUGUAUAUAUUGAUCUUAAAAAAAACAACAACAAAAUCCCCAACACAAUAAUAGUAUAAUGUUCUCUUAUCUUUAUUUUCAGCCGUUAGACCUUAAUAUAGUCCACUAUAAUUUUACAUCUUUAUAGUUUUACGGCUUAUCGCUAGUUAUGCAACCCUAAUAUGCCUCAUAUUGAUAGUGUAUUAAAAAAUAAAUAUAUGUGGAACUUCUUUUCAUCAAUACUGAUAUUAAUUGUUUUCUAUUCCAUAUAAACUCUAUAUUCUUGUUAAUCCAAACACCUUCUAAUCCUGUACUAUUAUUCAUUAAAGUGAAACACAAACCACUUAUAUUUAAAGUAUAUCCUAUGUGUAAUCCCCCGCUCCCAAAAAACUUGAAUCUUAACCUAUAGUAUAUUAUGUCGCUGUAUUCUUGUUUUUUCAUCAUAAUACUUAUGUGACCAAAAAUUUGCCUUGUGCUGUGUAUGUGUUAUGUAUGUGAUAUGCAGAACUAAGUGUAUGUAUAAAACAUCCAUUUACCCCCCCUUUUUUCAGCUAUUAAUUAUUAAGUAUGUAAACUAUAUCCUUUUCAUUGGUGUCAUUUGGUGCCAUUAUAGUGUUAAUCAAUGAUUAAAGUGCUAAAUGCAUUAUAUUAUGUAGUAAUCGUGUUUAUAUUCUCAAUAGAAACCCCGUGAUCUUACGCAAUAUUAUAUUGCUUCUUUAUGUUCAUGUGUACCCACCGUCCUUCUACUUAUAGAGCUAAUAAAUAAAGAAAAGAAAAUUAUAAUUAUCUUCUGAUACUUAGAGCAUCAAUCUAAUAAUAUACAUCCUGUUAAACCUUUUAAACAAACAAACAAACUAUUAGAUAAAUGAAUAAAUGUUAAAAGCUAAUUUAAGUUGUUGGUUAGUCCAAUUUUGUAGGUUUGAAGGUGUCUCAAAAUUCAACCAUUUUUCUUUCCAUCAAUAUAAAUGGGUAUCCCCAUUUAUAUCUGAUGCCUUUUUGCUUCAGUGGUUCUAACACUUGAUGGAAACUCCUUCUCCACUGUCUUGUUUGGAAUGAAAAGUCCUGAAAGAUCAGAAUGUCUUUAAACUGGUCAUAUAUAUUACAAUGCUCUUUGUGCCUCUUCACAAUUUGCUCUUUAUAUGCAUAUGAAUGGAAAGCUGCAAUAACACCUCUUGACCAUUGGGAUGCCACAGAUUUAGGUUUAGGAAGGCAAUGUACCCUCUCUAGCACUAUGUGCUGUUCCACUGUAGGAAUUCCUAAUUCUUUAAAGAACUCAUUUAAACAUUUAUUCAGGUGGACUUGUGUAAUUUCUUCCAGGAAAUUCCUAAAUCUCAAGUUACAUCGUCUUCAACAAUCUUCUCUCAGUUUUAAAUCUAUUUGGUUUAUUUUGGUUUCCAUUUUACUUUUGUCUUCUUUAAGUAUAUCAAGUUGUUCCUCCACCUUGUUUAAUUUGGCUUUCACUGAGGAGACUUGUUUAGUUAACUCACUCAUGUCUUUCUUUAUUGAAACAGAGUUAUUAGCUAUCUCUUUCAAAAUAGAUGCCAGUUGGGUGUCUAAUUUAGCCAUUAGAAAAUCUUGUGUGACAAAAUUAAACUUUUCACUCAAUUGGUAAACCUGAGCUGUCAAAAUGGAUGUAUCCUCCAUAGCUUCUGAUUUAUCUUUGUUAGAAAUAGGAGAUGGGGGGGAGGAGGAAAUGACACUCUUGAGGGCUGAAUAUAAUUUUUUUUCACUUUGCCUUUAAGCAUUUUUUUUUUUUUGUAGCCAUCUAUUGGGACUCUUCGUGGAUAGAGAGUGGGCGGCUUUAAUCCACUUAUAGAGAGAUAAUUAAUCAGGUCAUAAAGUUUUGGCCUGCAGUGUAGCCUUCCCUUGUCAAUUUUUCACUUUCUCGACUUUAUCCCUUCUUUUUUCAUUUAUUAAUUGCCAAUACUUUCCUCCCCCUUUUUUUUCCCCUCCCCAGUUUGUAUACCAGCAUUUUCAGCAAUAGUGGCAAUACGAGACAAAUGUAUAGUAAAGUAUUAGAUUGUAUAGGGAACCAUAAACAUUACAGCCAUAAGUUAAUAAUUGGUACUUAUCGCUUUGGUGUUCAGGCCGCGGCUUAUCUCUCCCCUCUUUUUGUGGGAUACUCUCCACGUGUCAUUCAAGCGCCGUCUGUUGAUUUAAGCAAUUUUUUUUCUCUCUCUUUUUUCCAAUUUUUCAACUUUUCUACGUAUAGGGAGGGAGGCAAUACGGCGUCAUUUCUAUCCUCCUCAGUAUACAGUUAUUUGUGUCUGGACGUUUCCCCUCACUUUCUCCCACUUAAUGUUGCUCUACUUCGUCUACGGCAAUAUUGUGUCGAUUUCAUACCGCAACUGACUCUUCUUUGUAUAUGAUCGGAUACUGGUCAGGAAUCAAUUUGUUUCUCCUCACGCUUCGCUCUUCAGGAAACUUCAACGCUACUAUUUUUUUACUCUGCAAACCAUGCAACCAUGCGUCUGUCUCAAUAGCGGUUCCCACACCCCCACCUUUUCUGGCGUGCUACGCGCUCACGUCAUUACGCCCUAGGUGCUCGGCCCAGUUCUGAUGCUCACUUCUAUACUGGAGGCACUUUCGGCUGUGGACAAGGGUCAUCAUUGGCACUGUGACCAGUCUAUGGCUAUGCAGCCCCUAUGCAGCAAACUGUAAUGCACUGUUUGUUCAGACACAUUUCUUUCAUGGCCAGAAUUAACUCUUUCAUCAAUUUGAGCUGCAGUAGCUUUUCUGUGUGAUUGAACCAAACGGGCUAGCCUUUGCUCCCCAUGUGCAUCAAUAAGACUUGGGUGCCCAUGAUCCUUAUGCUGGUUUAAUGGUUUUCCAUGCUUGCACCACUUUAGUAGGUACUAACCACUGCAUAUCACGAACACCCUACAAGACUUCUCGGUUUGGAGAUGCUUUGACCCAGUCAUCUACACAUCAGUAUAUGGCCCUAAUCAAAGUCACCUAGACAUCUUUCCUGACUGUUUACUUGCUACCCAAUAUAACCCAUCCUUAGACAGUUGAAUUGUAAUAAAAUAAUAAAUUCUAUUUGCUUUACCUGCUCAUGAUAUAGAUAGUGAAUUUCAAAUUUAAUGGCAGAGUAACCAAACUAAAAACAUAGGUGACUUUGAGAGUAUUUUCCAUUUCUGCUACAGUUGUGGUCAAAAGUUUGUAUACCUUUGGAGAAUUGAUGAUAUGUUUACUAUUUUUAAAGUAAACAUGAGUGAGCAGGUAAAACACAUUUCUUUUAUUUCUUAUGGGAUUCAUAAUCAACUGUAGGUUGUAACAGAUUGGCAAAAUCAUAAAAGAAAACAACAAAGAACAAAGAAAAAAAAAUGACCCCUGUUAAAAGUCUGCAUAAUCUUAGUUCUUAAAACUAUGUAUUGCCCCCUUUAGCAUGAAUGGCAGCAUGCAAUCUUUUGUAAUAGUUGUCCUUGAGGACCCUAAUUCUUGCAGGUGGUAUAGCUGUCCAUUCGUCUUGGCAAAAUGCCUGCAGGUCAUGCAAAGUCUAUGGUCAUUUUGCAUGAACCGCACGUUUGAGAUUUCCCCAGAGUGGCUCAAUGAUGUUAAGGUUAGGAGACUGUGAUGGCCACUCUGCUGUAGCCACUGGAAGAUCAACUUGGCCUUGUGCUUAGGGUCAUUGCCAUGCUGGAAAGUCCAAAUCCCAUGCACAGCCUUUGUGCAUAAGAAUGCAAAUUGUCUGACAUAUUUUCUGAUAACAUGUUGCAUUCAUCUUGCCAUCAAUUUUCACAGGACUCCCCGUGCUUUUAGAACUCACACCCCCCAAAACAUCAGUGAGCCAUCACCAUGCUUUACAGUAGGAAUUGUAAUCUUUUCACUAUAGAUCUUGUUGACCUCUCUCUAAACAUUGCGCUUAUGGUUUUGACAAUAAAGCUCUAUUUUGGUCUUGUCACUCCAAAUUACAGUGCACCAGAAGCUAUGAGAUGUGUCAAGGUAUUGUCUGGUAUAUUGUAACUCAUUUUUUUGUGGCAUUUUCACAGUAAAGGCGUCUUUCUGGCAACUCAACCAUGCAGCUAAUUUUUGUUCAAUUAUCGUUGUAUUGUGCUCCUUGAAACAACCACGCUGUCUUUUUCCAAAAUAGACAAUAUUUCUCCUUAGAUUACUUGUGGGUUUUUCUUUGUAUCCUGAAUAAUUCUUGAAUUUUCCACUUUUUAAUAGGUGAUUAAACAGUGCUGACCUGCAUUUUCAAAGCUUUGGAUAUCAUUUUAUAUCAUUUCCACUUUAUAAAGUUCCAUUACCUUGUUACACAGGUCUUUUGUCAGUUCUUUUCUGCUCCCCAUGGCUCAGUAUCUAGCUUGUUCAGUAUAUCCAUGUGAGAGCUAACAAACUCAUUGACUAUUUAUACACAGACACUAAUUGCAAUUUAAAAUGCCACAGGUGUGGAAAAUUAACUUUUAAGUGCAAUUUUAUCCUGUGUGUGUCACCUUGUGUGAUAAUAAUAUUCCAUAUUAUUAAGAAUGAUUGAUUGAUCACUAUUGAGCAAAUUAAACUAUGAUAGAUAGUUAAGAUGGCGCAGGUACACAGUACUGAAAAUGUUAAUAACCACAAAACACAGCACCAGAAUCACUCAUGCAUACCGUCAUGAGAAUAUUAUGAGAACGUAGCUAGCUUUUAGAUAAGAGAUAAUUAACCGCACAGAUCUGGCAUGGCAUUUUUGGUGGGGCUGGACAGCCUGGCCUGUUGCAGGUCCCAUCCAACGCUUUUGCAAGGUCUUUGCUGGGCUGCACUGAUAAGGAGAUUUGGUGGAAAAGUACAGACUAUGCAUCCCAUUGAUGUAUAACUUAUAAAUGAUGACAAAACUUGGCACUCAUUGGAGUACUGCCCACCUGUAAUACGGACGUGUAUUGCUGGUUCUGCUGAUUCCCAGUAAUAGAGGGUCCUCUUAAAGCCUGACUGCCAGAAGUUCUCUCAGUCGAGUGCAGCAAGCUUCUCUUAUGGUGAUGUAUACUUAAGCUGUUUCUUUAAGCUGAAAAUUAAGCUGUUUAAGCUGUUAUUACUUAUUGAUUAAUUUCUGUUAAUCAAUAAAGUUUGUAUUGAUUAUUUACAAGUAUUUGGUGUCAGUGUCUUUCCCUUUCUCAAAUACUCAAUUCACUCAUCCCGAAUAGGGUUUUGGUGCCCACCAAUAUCUUUAAAAUCCUUAGGGUAAUUGAUUAUUGCUUUCUGAUAUUGGCGCUUCGCACUUCAUGAAUUUAAUGAUUAAGCACAACACCUUGUGACACUCUUUAACAAGGCCAAACAUUCAAGGGAAAUAAACUUUUGAUCAAGGCCAUUUGGGCCAUUUGUUAUUUCUGUAAUCAUUAUGAUUUAAAAAUGAGCCAAACAACUAUGUGAUAAUAAAUGGCUUCAUAUGAUGACUAUCCUUCAAUAAAAUAAAUUUUGCAUAAUCAGUCAUUUUUUCAAAAUCAAUGCCAACAUUUCACAAUUUCUGCCAGGGUAUGCAAACAUUUGAGCACAACUGUAUUUUAACCUUAAAUUUGAAAUUCAUUUAGAAUUCUCACUUUAGUAAAUAACCCUGUCUUUUAUUCCUGCAGUAUUUUUUGUCAGGUUCUUCAAUCUACUAUAAGUCAGUCAGAAAAAGUAUUCUAUUGUACCUAAAAAUGUAGGGAGCAAACUCUAUGUCAUAGUACUGUUGCCCAAAAGGCAUCGUGGGCCAAAAGCAAUAGAUGGUUGUUUAAAAUGGUGUAGAUCUGAAGGAAUAUCUGAGGUCUCAGUCAAGUCUGCCCUACUAUGUUGUGCAUGCAAGUGGAGUAGAGAAGACUAUAUUGAAUAACAUGGAAUUAAAGGGACACUAUAGUCACCCAGACCACUUCAACUCAAUGAAGUGGUCUGGGUGCCAGGUCCUUCAGGUUUUAACCCUUCAGAUGUAAUCCUAGCAGUUUCAGAGAAACUGCUUUGUUUACAUAGCAGGGUUAAUCCAACCUCUAGUGGCUGUCUUCCUGACAGCCGCUAGAGACACUUCUGCGACGCUGGAUGCGAAAUUCGCAUCCAGCAUGCAGAACGUCCAUAGGAAAGCAUUGAGAAAUGCUUACCUAUGGACUGUUAGAAUGCACACGCUGCUCUUGCCGGGCAUGCGCAUUCCGCUCCACUCGGGAGCUGACGUCGGCGGGGGAAGAGAGGUCACCAGCACCGAGGGAGCCCGGUGCUGGAUUAAGGUAAGUGGCUGAAGGGGUUUUAACCCCUUUAGCGCUACGGGAGGGGAACCCUGAGGGUGAGGGUCCCCCAAGGAUGACAUAGUGUCAGGAAAAGGAGUUGGUUUUCCUGACACUAUAGUAAUCCUUUAAGCCAGGAGUGCAAAAAUCUUGCUGCACACAAAUGUGAAAGUACCUGCAUUUUUUAAAUAGAUGAAAAGAUGCUCUAUAUAUAUAUAUAUAUAUAUAUAUAUAUAUAUAUAUAUAUAUAUAUAUAUAUAUAUAUAUACACUGCUCAAAUAAAUAAAGGGAACACAAAAAUAACACAUCCUAGAUCUGAAUGAGUUAAAUAUUUACUGAAAUACUUUGUUCUUUACAUAGUUGAAUGUGCUGACAACAAAAUCACACAAAAAUAAAAAAAUUUAAAUAACAUUUUUCAACCCCUGGAGGUCUGGAUUUGGAGUCACACUCAAAAUUAAAGUGGAAAAACAAACUACAGGCUGAUCCAACUUUGAUGUAAUGUAAAAACAAGUCAAAAUGAGGCUCAGUAGUGUGUGUGGCCUCCACGUGCCUGUAUGACCUCCCUACAACGCCUGUGCAUGCUUCUGAUGAGGUGGCGGAUGGUCUCCUGAGGGAUCUCCUCCCAGACCUGGACUAAAGCAUCUGCCAACUCCUGGACAGUCUGUGGUGCAAUGUGACGUUGGUGCAUGGAGCGAGACAUGAUGUCCCAGAUGUGCUAAAUUGGAUUCAGGUCUGGGGAACGGGCGGGCCAGUCCAUAGCAUCAAUGUCUUCGUCUUGCAGGAACUGCUGACACACUCCAGCCACAUGAGUUCCAGGAUCAACCGCACCAGCAUAUUGUCUCACGAGGGGUCUGAGGAUCUCAUCUCGGUACCGAAUGGCAGUCAAGCUACCUCUGGCGAGCACAUGGAGGGCUGUGCGGCUCCCCAAAGAAAUGCCACCCCACACCAUUACUGACCCACUGCCAAAUCGGUCAUGCUGGAGGAUGUUGCAGGCAGCAGAACAUUCUCCACUGCGUCUCCAGACUCUGUCACGUCUGUCACACGUGCUCAGUGUGAACCUGCUUUCAUCUGUGAAGAGCACAGGGUGCCAGUGGCAAAUUUGCCAAUCUUUGUGUUCUCUGGCAAAUGCCAAACGUCCCGCACGGUGUUGGGCUGUAAGCACAACCUCCACCUGUGUACGUCGGGCCCUCAUACCACCCUCGUGGAGUCUGUUUCUGACCGUUUGAGCAGACACAUGCACAUUUGUGGCCUGCUGGAGGUAAUUUUGCAGGGCUCUGGCAGUGCUCCUCCUGUUCCUCCUUGCACAAAGGUGGAGGUAGCGGUCCUGCUGCUGGGUUGUUGCCCUCCUACGGCCUCCUCCACGUCUUCUGAUGUACUGGCCUGUCUCCUGGUAGCGCCUCCAUGCUCUGGACACUACGCUGACAGACACAGCAAACCUUCUUGCCACAGCUCGCAUUGAUGUGCCUUCCUGGAUGAGCUGCACUACCUGAGCCACUUGUGUGGGUUGUAGACUCCGUCUCAUGCUACCACUAGAGUGAUUGACUUGGAGUUACAUUGUGUUGUUUAAGUGUUCCCUUUAUUUUUUUGAGCAGUAUAUAUAUAUAUAUAUAUAUAUAUAUAUCUAUAUAUAUAUAUAUAUAUAUAUAUAUAUUAUUACAAUGUGUUAAGAUGUUAAAAAAUAUAUACAUUUUCAUAAAAAAAGUAUUAUCACUAGAAGGUGAGGGAUAAAGUACACCUAUGGUCAUAUUAGUCACAUUAGAAACUGUUCAAUAAAAGUGUCAGCAAACCAACAAUAAACAUGGAGGGGACAAUAAAUGUAAUUAUAGAAAAUGCUUCAACAGUAUAAAUUAUUUAAUGGUCUAAAUUAAUGGCUUUUACACUUUAAUUUCGAUCAUUGCAGAUAAUACUGCAAGGUUAAUGUUAUUUAGAUGAUAUUUAAACUCUUUAGUAUUGUUGCAUUCUAAGUUGCUAAUAAAAUGUUAUUUAUGAAUACUUGAAAUCCAGUAAUGAUUUUAUGAUUACAUAAUGUGCUUGUACUUGUAAGGCAUCAUUUUUUUGUAGAUUAAUAUAAUUUUGUUUCAAUCAGGUUGGCCAUUUGGAAACACAGUUUGCAAGAUGAGUGGCAUGGUUCAAGGGAUCUCAGUAUCUGCCUCUGUUUUUACCCUUGUAGCUAUAGCAGUGGAUAGGUAAGUAAUAUACAUGAAAAUGUGUGUAUCACUUUCAGGGAUAUUUACUACAUUGAAAACUGUUUUUUUUAAUUUAAAAGUUUAAAUUAAUUUCAAAUUUAAAGCUUAUGUAGCUGGGCUGGAAGAAUUUUGCAGCUCAGCAAUUUUGGCCUUAAAUUUGAAAUUCUCACAGUAGUUAAUAAUUAUGUUAAUGUUUAGUGAAGUCAUACAUUUACAAAGAUCUGUAAUGUUUAUGGAGUAUGCUGUAAGGCUAGAUAUUUCUCAGGGACCCAUAGACAUCUAAACUGCCAUGGACUUUUUAACAGGGUUCUGCUUUUUUCUUAUCUCUCUGAAGCUCUGGGAAAAAGCCGAUUAGAAUAACACACAGGACAACGUAAUGUAUUCCAAACAAGCCUCCCAUUUUAAUACUCACAGAAGAGAGAAUAUAUAGACAUAUUGAUCUAGGAUGAUACACAUUAUUUAGCCAAUCACAAUUGGCAGUGUACUUUGAAAACCAAGCCCUUCUAACAUUUCACAUUAGACCAUAUGUUAGGAGCAGCUAAGCAAGCCUGGUCAGCACAAACUCAGGGUGUGGUUUAGUAUGUGCAGUGCAUGCGACGGAGAGGCUCCUACAGUAAUGGUUUUAAAAUAAAAUAAAAUGAAAUAUUUCACCGAGGUAGCGCAAAAGCACGUAAUCAAAUAUAUAUAAUUUGAUAUAUUAGGCCUAAGCAUUAAGCCUGGUCCCUUCAAUACCCCUUUCUUCACAAAGUGAACACAAAAAUAAAUAUGCCAAAAGAAAAAUAGUUUCAUGUCACCUGCCCACCCAGUAUAUCUGGGGCCACUACAAACCUUAAGGUGGGGAAACCAAUUUUUUUUUUUUUUUUUUUUAAACUCCUCAGGAAACCUGGGUGUGUCCGUGACCAUGUGGGUGCCACCUCCAUCUCGGGGCUGCAUGCUGUUAAUCCAAAUUAAUUAAUUUAGUAAUUCCAAAUAAUUCAAUAUAAACGUCCCAAAAUGAUCUCUUUUCAAAACAUUCGUAUAUAAAAUGUCAAAAACAUAAAAGUGUCUAGAUAUAUAAAAAUAUUAAAACAUUUUCUACUAUAUUAAAUCACCUCAAAGUUCACUUGAAAAUACCAGAUCUGUCCUUAAUUACUUAGAACCCUCAGUACUGGGUUCUUCAGCUAAUAGCAAUCUCUUACCACAAAAAGCCUAUCUUCUGACCUUUGUAUGCAGAGAAAAACACUCCCCUCCUUGUUAAAUGAGUGUACUAUUUAUUUAUAUAUGCAAUUAUUUCCUCUUUUUUUGGGUAGUUUUUAUGAAACAUCUUCUAAUAAGGCAUUUAAACAAUAUGCUUUUAAUUUACCACUACAAGUAUACUACAUUAGUUUCACAGAUGUUGGUCACUUAUAAACUUAAUAAUUUCAACAUACAUAUUCUGAUCUCUAUUAGAAAACAUAAUUGCACAAUUGCCCCAUGAUCAAUUGGGUACACUAGAAGAACCUUACUUUGGCUAAAUUCAUCAUACUUCCACACUUCUUUAUUUAAUUUUAUAUAUAAAUAUAUACAUGCCUCCAGAGACAAUAACACCCAUGUCUACAGAUUAAAAAAAAUCAUUAUCCAUCUCCAAAGAGGACAAGGCUGUAGUGUUAAUUUGCUCUUGACACCUGUGUGCCAAGGAUUUUAGAGGUAUAUCUGAUAAAUAAAAUCACAAACUUACAAAAACUAUUUGGGACCAUUAAUAAGCUUAUCAUAAUAGAUUUUAAUUCAGUACUGAUAAUCAUAGAUAAUAAGCAGUCCUGUACAAAAACAAUACUCGCCUAAUGAAAAUCUGUCACAAGGGUCAGUCAAGGCACUUUGUGAUGGAAAACAUGAAUCAAGAUUUGAUUAGCAGCUGUUUGUGGGGUUCUUUUCACGUAGGAUGUAACAAGUGCUUUUCUUCCAUAGUCCCAUAGUGUAUAUUAAUCUCCAGGAGUGAUGGCAUGCAACUAUUGCUUCACUCUUGCCGGCUGUACAUCAUUUGAUCUGGUUUGAAACCACUAGAGACUUGAGUUAAUGACAUGCACAUUUUCUUCUCUUUAAUAUUACACUCAUACAGACAAUGCCCAUUAUAGCACAUCAAUUCAUAACAAAACACAUUUCAUGCUAAACAAUCAUUGCAAUUUGACUCAUGAUGUCAUUCCACAAAACAAAGGACAAAAAGACAUAGUAACUACACAAAGUAUAUAGCCAGAUGGUAAUACAAAUAUCACAUUCAUGGAAAUGCAAAUAGGUCACAACUCCUUAACACAGUAAUAGAAACAUAGAAAAACAGAAUGUGAUGGCAGAUAAGAACCAUUCGGCACAUCUUGUCUGCCCAAUUUUCUGGCUACUUUCAUUAGUACCUGGCAGCAACUUUCAUUAGUACCUCCCCUCUGGAGAUACAGUUUCUAAUACAACAUGUGAGGUCUCACCAGUGCUCUGUACAAUAGCAUGAACACUUCCCUCUUUCUACUGUUAAUACCUCUCCCUAUAUGACCAAGCAUUCUGCUAGCAUUUCCUGCUACUCCCUUACAUUGUCUGCCUACCUUUAAGUCUUUUGAAAUAAUUACCCUUAAAUCCCUUUACUCAGAUGUUGAGGUUAGGACUGUAUCAGCUAUUCUAAACUCUGCCCUUUAACCCUCAAGAUGCAUGAUCUUUCACUUGUCUACAUUAAAUGUCAGUUUUCAUAGCUCCAUUUUUCUAGUUUACCUAAAGCAUUUGCCAUUUGGCUUAUCCCUCCUGGAAAAUCAACCCUGUUGCAAACCUUUGUAUCAUAAAAAUAUUAAAGAGAAUGAGUCCAGGUACAGAUCUCCUAGGUACCCAACUGGUUACAAGACCUUGGCUCAAAUAUACUCCAUUUACUUCAACCCUCUUCAACCCUCUGUUGCCUGUCACUCAGCCACUUACUAACCCAUUCAUCAUUACUGGAUUUCAAACUCAAAGAUUGCAGUUUAUUGAUAAGUAAAAAAAAACCAGUACGAUCCAAAUGCAUGGAACAGUUAUUUAAUUGGUAAUCAGGCUGGAGGAGUGAUGACGUAGUACAUAGUUACACUCACUGUGCAUAGAGCGGAGGGGGCGAGGAAGACCAUGCAAGAAGCAGCAUGAUAGAGCGCCGUCCUGGAGGCAAGGAAAACUGCAACUCACAUUGAGACCUAGGAGUGAGGAGAGAGGGGGGCUGUGUCCAGAGGAGACGUGGUCUGCACCGGACUGGCAAGCUUGUUCCAUCUGGCUCCAUGGUACCACAUGCUAUCUAGUGGCUGGGAUGCGGCGUGGAGUUUGAGGAGUUGCAUGAGGGGGGUCGCCAUCUUGGAAUGGAGCACAACACUGAAGCAGCAGAUAAGUUCAAUUCAAUCUGACAUCAAUUUAUCCCUAGCACUGUUAUGGGGAAUAUUGUAAAAUUCUAUCUGAACUCAAUUUAAUGUUUGGACUGGCUACAGGAGUCAUUCAACUGGCCUUAGGGUGGUGGAGAAUGGAAAGACUAUUUCCAUAGCUACAGAACUGAAUAUAGAAGACACCAGGACAAGACUGAUUGGUCUGAAGUUUGAGCAGAUCAAUAAACUCCCACCUGCAUAUGAAAUCCAGAGACAUACUCUUUAAGUUUCCUUUUAACAUAAAAUUAAGCGAGUAUACAUAUACAAAUUAAGUGAGUAUAAUGACAAUCCAUUAAGUCAGAUAAAAUGUUAACUCAGAAAUAAGGCAGAUCAUACUGCCUUGAGAUAUUAAAUCAAACACAAAAUCUACAGGCAAGGUACUAUAAAACUCAAUCUGCAUUACUGAAGUAAAUGCAUAUUUGGAAUCACAUAACUUAGCAAUGAAAGUAAUAAAGACUGGGAAAGAGUGGUUGCGCUUUUGGACAUAGUGAUCCAUCUGUUAAAGAUGUUUAUAAGAUCUAAGCCCAACAGACACUGCCAUUUGCUUUUUUGUUUUAUUUUUUUACUUUUUACUUUUUUGGUUCGAAUUGCAAAACCAUUUUAGAAUAAAAGGCAUUUUAAAAUAAAAACAGGGGACAACAUGAGCAGAAGAAAGAAACAGGAAACAGAAAGGAAAUUGUCUGGUACUGCUCCUAAUCUCAGGCAACACUUCUCCCCUUUAAUACAUACUAAAAUAUGGCUAACAGGAAAAUUACUGAUACAAAAAACCCUCAAAAAAAGAUAGGAAAUAGGAGAAUAAACCAGAUAAAUGCUUAUUUUUCUCCUCCCCUAUAACAAAUAAAGCAGAUCUGCAUCUACUAGACAUGGAGGAAACUACGCAUUAUGUCUGAUGAACACCAUGAAAGCUCCCAGACCACUUUGAGAAAGAAAGACCAAGCAAUAGAGAAAGCAUUUGAAUCUCAACUGGAAAAAAUUGAAAUAAAUAACAUUAUAAAGGAAAUUAAAAAAAGAACUAAAGCAGACAAGGGGAAAAGUUUAAGAAAAUUAAGAAUCACUCCUACAAAUGAAGUUACACCUUUAGCAGCAAGAAAAAAUUGCUACAAAACAAGAAUACAAAAUUAACGAUUUGGAAAAAGAACUAUCAGACCUAGAGAAUAGAUGCAGAGAAAUAACGUGAGAUUUAGAGAUCUUCCUGAAUCUGUACCUCAAGAUCAGCUGGACACCUUUGUAACCAAAUACAUAAAAACACUUUGUGUAGACAAAUCCAGAUAUAUAAACGUGCUAGAAAGAGCCAUAGAGCUUUCAAACCACCAGGGAUCCCUAGCUCCCAGCCAAGAGACAUUAUUAUAUGUUGCACAACUCCCAAGCUCAAGGAGCAAAACAUCAAAGCAGCACGAGAUGCCUCCUUGAUACUCUGUUUUGCAGAAAUAAAGAUCUUUUUAGACCUUUCGUUCUUCACUAGAAAUGAGAGACGUCAAUACGCAGAUUCAACAAGGAUUCCAUGGAACAAAGGAAUUAAAUAUAAAUGGAUUAUAAGGAGAAAAAUAUCAUAUAGAUAUUAGAUAUAUUCUGGUUUUUUUUCUCCUUCCUGUUUUCAUUAAUUGUGCAAUAGUUUUAAAUGUUCACAGGUUACACUGUUAAUUAUCACUAGAUAUAUACAGGGAGGUUUGCACUUAUUUCACUCUUGAAAGAAGGGGGAGGAGGGAAAAAAAGAACAAGUUUACAUUUAUGACCUCAUUAUGAUACAUAACAAGAUACUUUCACCUGUGGAAGUUUGAUGUACUGCUAUAUAGAAAACCAGCUUAAUAAUAAGAUACAUUAUGAACAAGAAGAAAGAGGAUUUGUUUAGAGAACAAUUAAUAAGCACUUAAGUUAUUUUUUUACACUAUAAUAUAAGAAUGUUUUUUUGAUACUAUCCCAAUACAGGGGACAAAAUGUUUUUGUUUUGUGUUUUAACAUAUUUUGAAAUGUCUAUAGUUUACACUUUUAAUCACUAAGAGACACAUCAGAUCGACUUUUUUUCAUUACAAUACACAAGAUACUUACAUUUUUGUUUUUUUUCAAUAUAUAUUGUUAUAUAGAAUACUAGCCUAAUAAUAUGAUACAUUAUGAAUAAGACGAAAGAUAAGUUGUCUAUUAAAGAAUCAAAAGGAACUAAAGUAUUUUAAAAAAAAUGUUUUUAUCUCAAUACUCAAAGAAUAUAUUUGACACUAUUUCAGUGUGUGAAGGGAAAAGCAAACAGGAUUUUUUUUUCUCUUCCUUUGAAUAUAUAUUGUUUGGCAAUUAUAUUAAAGCUCUAAAUGUACAUAGCUUACUCAUUUAUUCACCAUGAGACAUUAAUAGAGCAGUCUGCACUUUUUUUUCUCCCUCCAAAAACAAAUCCAAAUUAUAACUUAAAUAUACUCUUCAAUGUACUCUUUCAAGAGGCAACAAAGAUAAUCUAAUCUCCUUUGCCACUCUGCAAAUAAUGGCAAAAAAAAAAUGAGGUUUGGCUGACUAUCUCUGUGAGCCAUUUGGGUAUGGUACUUACAGAGAUAUUUCUAUACCUAUGGAAAUAUGGGACCUGAGUAUGUUUUAAUGUUUUUUUGAAUUGUAUUUGUAAUGUGUUAGUGACAUGGUUGUUGGUACUCUGGACAUGGGGAGCUGAAAAAGAAGAAGAAAUAUGGUUAGAUUUGCCAUAAUUAAUACCCAGGGGCUUAAUACACCACAUAAAAGAUCCAUAUUAUUAGACUGUAAGAAGCGGAAAGCAGAUAUUUGCAAUCUGCAAGAAACCCACUGGAGAUCAAGAGGUAAAUGAAUCUUAUAUCUAAAGCAUACACCACUAUUGUAUCUGCAUCAUUAGAACAUAAAAAGUGAGGACUGGCUAUAUUAAUAUCUAACUAUUUCGGUUUUAAAAGUAUUCACAUGGAAUAAGAUAUAGAGGGAAGAUACAUAAUUAUUAUCUAUGCAUAAGAUGAGGCAGAGGCAUCAAUGAUGCCCACCGAUUAUCAGAGAUAAAGAACACAGUAAUGAACAGUUAAAUCCGAGCUGCAGGGUCUCCUUACUGUAGUUCCAACAGUGUAACAAGCAGAUAGACAAAAAAUGGAGUUCUGCGCAUCAAGUAGGUAGUGCACACCCAAGUGCUACUGCAGUUUAUUAGAGGACACAAUAUAAACAAACGUUUCGGACAACAAGCCCUUCCUCAGUGCUAAUGUCCUACACAAUACACACAGUAGCAGUACAGACAAUAUAUACAAGUGAAAGAAAUACUUACAUUCAAAAGAGUGCCACCCACCAGCAAUAAUGCAAAUUAACAGCAGCUGAAACUGACAAUCUCCAUGUUUCCAGCAUGUUCAUAGUCUCUAGUCACUUCCUGGUUCAGUUGGUCUGUGUGUGAUGACGUCAGCAGACAUGCCCAUUGUGUGUGCCAUCAUCAUAUACUCUAUAUACACUGAUUGACCUUUUUACCCAAACCAUCUCAUCUCAUGCCUCAAACCAAAUUCAUCACUACCAUUCAUAAUCAAAAAAAAAAAAAAAAAAAAAAAAAAAAAAAAAGAAUAAAAUAAAAAUGUUUGGUGAUUUUAAUUGUGUAUCAGAACCACAACUGGAUAAAAAAAAAUAUCACAGGAGAAAUAAGAGAUAAAGGAAUAAUCAGACUCUCACAAAGAUGUAGAUCACCAAUUCAAAACUAUGCAUUAUAUGAUAUCUGGCUAAUCUUCCACCCAUCUAGAGCUAACAAGCUAUCCCCUUCAGAUAUGAUAUCAAAUAAAAUCAUCAAUCUAAAAAAUAAAAUGAAUGAUGAAUUAAUAAAGUAAGUAAAACUCUAGAGAGAUUAAAAGCUAGAUUUUAUCAUAAAGGAAAUAGAACAGACAGAUUGCUCUCUAAUAAAUUUGAAAAUGAAAACUAAUUAAUUCUAUAAGAUUAUUUACAAAGAGGCUGCUUGCCUCCCAAAAAAUAGGAAGAGCCUUCAAUGAUUACUAUCACCAAUUAUAUAAUUUGCCAACCAUACAAAAAGAUCCUAAAGAAUGAUUUAAAGAUAAAAACUUCCCAAAGAUUCCACAGGAAUCCUCAGGAAUUUCCUCAGGAAAAACUGAAAGAUCUAAACCCCCCAAUCUCCCUGACAGAAAUACAUACUUCCCUCGGGGAAGUCUAAAAAAAGAUAGGGCCGGGGCCUAUUUGAUCUAUUUGACUAUGUAUUUUGGUCAGAGAGAUUGGGGCAUUUAGAUCUUUUAGACAGAUUGGAUGGUUCUUUUUAUAAAAGAUUCAACAAUGAAAUAUCCCUAUACUAGUAAUUACCUUUAAUCGAUUUGUGAAUCAGGCAAAAAUACCUGAAGAACUACUCAAGGGCAAUAUCAUAUCAAUAUUGAAAACUAGCAAAAACUCAGAAAAGGUUGAUAACUACCAUCCAAUUUCUUUAGUCAAUGAAGAUAUUAAGAUCUGUGUGGGAGUAUGGGCUGAGAGAGUGAAAAAGAAGAUCAAUUAAUACACACAAAUCAUUCUGGGCAGAUCUUCGACAAGCCACAUAAGAAAUAUUAUUGAGAUUUUGUACCAAUCCAGUAGAGACCAUGCCCCCAUGAUGGCCCUGUUGUGGAAGCAGAAAAGGCCAUCAACAGGGUCAACUGGGACUUUCUAAGAGAAUCUUUGGUGACCUUUGGAUUUUCAGAGAGGAUAUUAGGAGCAAAAAUGGCAUUAUACAGAGGACCUCAGAGUUGAAAAAUUGAUCCAAGCAUUAAAUCAAAUUGGUUCAAGAUUUCAAAUGGUACUCAUCAAGCCUGCCAGUUAUGCCCUUUAUUAUAUAUUUUUACUAUUGAGUCCCUGGCAGCAGAGAUAAAAUCUAACCUUGAAAUCAAGGGUUUGGGUUAUAAUCAUCACCAGAAAAUUAUGUUGAACACAGAUGAUAUCCUUCUGAGCAUCACAAAUCCAAGAGAAACAGUUGAUCAAAUCAUGAACAGUAUUCAGAACUUCAAUAAUUAUUCUAAUUAUAAAUUAAACACAGAAAAAUCUAUGGAAUUAUAUUGUAACACCACUCUAAUUGGGGGGGUGGCGGGAGCAGAACACCAAACGAGAUGGCCGCAUAAGACCGGGGCGCUGUGCAUGGUGGACGAUUAAAGUAUGCCCAGUUCGACACCACAAGAUUAAAAACGAAAGAGAUCUACAGGGAAAGAUAACACAAAGAUAUAUACCCCAGAGGGGAUAUAUAAAAAAGGGGGUUAUAGGUUACACAUAAGGAUAUAUAGAGAAAAACAACCUUAAAAUCAGAAUAGGUAUGGAACCAAGAUGAAUCUAAAAAAGAGAAGCUGAAUAUGGUGAAACACGUAAUGUCUAUAUAUAGACUCUAGGAGGUAGAGAACUUGCAAGAUGUCAAGCAAAAAUGUGCCUGUCUCCCCCAGGGGUAUCUCCAGGUGACUGGUUCUCUUCAAAGUAUAUCCUCAAAGAAUAAAGGAGAACAAAUACUGCAAUAUGUAUAAAAAGGAUAACAAUUUAAUUCAAGGUUGCACAACACAUAGAAAGUGACAGCAGGCCUAUCUCCACUGGCAAAGUGGAACAAUAGAUGUUCCUCCGAUCCUGGUAGAUCCUUGGAGAUAGAGUGCUGUUCACUGGACAGCCAUACAAAUAUAUAUAUAUAUAUAUAUAUAUAUAUAUAUAUAUAUAUAUAUAUACACACAAAAUCAAUAUAACGAAUAAAAACAAUAGAUGAGUAAAAGUCUGGAAAGGCUUCUUAUCCUGUUUGUUAGAUUUGACUUAAUAUUCUUAUUUAGAAUUUUGUCGAGAUUAUAUUGAACCAGAUCAUUGAAUACCUCAAGAUAUUUUCCCCUUUCAAAGUCUGGGUAAAAACUAGAUACAUUUUUAGAUUUGAAUGAAUAAUGGGAAUUCAAUCGUUGUUUAAAUCUACUUCAUCUAUAUUCUCCACAACUCCUUUAUGUAUUUGUUUAAUUAGUUCAUCAUUAUAUCUUUUUUCAGAGAACCUUUUUACGGUAAGUUUCUUUAGAAACUUUUGAUUAUGUAAAAUUAAAUCAAAAGGUUUUGGACUGGUGGUAGGGGCAAAUUUUAAGACUUUUUUCUAAUGACAACUCCUCUAUUGAUAGGUCAAUUCCUUAAAUAUUAAAAAUACCUUCUGUAUAUUGUUUUAAUUGUGCAUGUGAGGUAUCACUGGGGAUACUAGGUCCUCCCUUGCUUCCAGGUCAUAUGUGGUCUAUUUUUCUUUGGUUACCCUAAAGCUUGAUAUCUGUUUUGGGUGGUGAAGAAAGGAUGUAUUCGGUCUUUUCUUUGGCACAGCCCCUUGUUUUAAAAAGACUGUUCUUGGUGAUUAAGUUUGGAAGUGGGCAGAGAAUUAUUUUCCCAAAACCGUGAAGGUUUAGAAUGAGCUUGAUAGGUGGAUAGUGGUUUUCUUUCUGAGUCCUUAUAUGUAUUAUUUCUAAAAACUCUCUUAGACGUAUCUGACUUUUUUUCAAAGAACCUUAAAAUAUUGUUUUUCAAAGAGCCUUUUUACGGUAAGUUUCUUUAGAAACUUUUGAUUAUUUAAAAAUAAAUCAAAAGAUGUUAGACCAGUGGAAGGGGCAAAAUUUAAGCCUUUUUCUAGUAAUGACUUAUCUUGUGCUACAGUAAAAGAUGUCUCAUCAUAAAAGCAAAGCUAAGGGAGACAGAACCUCCUUCUUCACUGCAAAAUUCAACAAAAACUGCUGACCCUCCAGGAAAGCUUUCAAGAUGGCGACCAUAAGUCUGGAGAUAGUCAGGAGUCCUGCUCACUUUAGCAUACCUCACAAGACAGUGAAGGCCAAAUAACACUAUCUAUCUUACAAAAGAUGCUGGAUGCUCAAUCCAAACAACUUCUGACCCAAUUUCAAACAUCUAUAUCCGAGUUGAAAAAAGAAAUACAAGACAUCUGUGACAGGACCGCACACUUAGAAACUAAGAUCAAACUAAGAUCAAACAACCACACACAACUCCCUCGUGGUUAAAAUACAACAACUGGAGUCACAUCUGGCCUCCCAUGACUCCAAACUGGCAGAUCUGGAGGACCGUUCCUGUCGGAACAAUUUGAGGCUCAGAGUGAUACCGGACUACACAUCAAUGGGGGACCUAGAGGCAUUCGCAACAGGCCUAUUUCAAAAUCUAUGCCCCGAUAUACCUGUCAAGAUCUCUUAGAUCAAAUCCACAGAGUGGCAAAAGCGCAAGCUGCACUGGCAUCCGCACCUAGAAACAUGCUGCUUUGAGCCCACUACCAUCACAUUAAAGAAGAAAUAUGAAGGCCCAGCAGAAAUACCAAAACUCUGGCUGAAGCUGAAACAAGGGCAUUCAAAUAUUUACAGAUAUAUCUCCAGCUACCUUAACUGUGAGGACACUUCAACCCGGUAGCAACUGCCAUGAGGAGGCAUCAAAUCCCGCAUUGAUGGGGACUCCCUACCAGGCUUAUAAUAACCUGAAAUGGGCUGACAACCCCCGUACUUAACCUGGAAGAUGACCUCCAACUUCUGAGAUGAUGGGAUUUACAACCGGCGAACACAUCUACUGCACCGAAUGAACCACAGCCAUUUCCUCCUGAAUGGAAGCGAGCGAGGCGCUAAAAUAAGUGAGAUGCACAAACUACCUAAAUUAUUACUUGUUAUUUGUUCUCCACCGUUCUUCCUUCCCUCUCAACAGUUAUACUUAACUCUGAUCUCAGCAAUUCUAAGGCACUACGAUAGUGCAAUGUUUCCGUUCUAUAAUAGAUAGGGCACCAACGCAUCUAAGUCAUGUAGACUGGUGGGCUACAUGGUGAAAUGAUCUGCAAAAUUGUUCAUAUGUAAAUAGCUGAAGGGAACAAAGAAUGUUCCAAACUCCCACCCAGCCCACCAGUGCACCAAGGUAGGACCACAAACGUCAAAGAAUUUACCACCCAGCUGCGAAUGAGACCAGCGAUCAACAACUUAUACUUUAGUGAAGGGACAUUGACUCUGUUCGCACUCUCGAAGAUUGAUCAUGUGCUCCUUCCUCGUACUGGUCCGACAUAAAGCAAUUCCUCUAAGGCAUCAGAAUGGUGCAAUGUUUCAACCUCCCUCCUCAGAGGGUGAACAGGUACCAAUGGUGCCUUUGGGGCACCUGCAACAGUGUUUUAACAUGCCAUGUGUCUACAUACCCAAACUUAGUUAGAACACUACCAGCUUUGCCUGUGCAGGGGUACCACUUACAGUCUACUAGAGGCUGAAUACAAUAUACAUCCAAAGAAAUGUUAAAAAGCAUGACUUCUUUGUGUAAACUUUACAAAGUAAUAGCGAUUGUCAACAUGUGAUUUUAUUAAUGUGGUGCAAACAACCUCCUUUACAUAAUAUGGCCCUAAUGCCGACCACCUAUAGAUAAUGGAAAGCCCCCAGUAAACGUAAGAGGCAACGAGGCUCCCCUACCACUACCCCCUCCCCAUACCCUCUCCCACAGCCCGAGGGACCUUAUAAGAUUUUGACUCUGGCACUGCAAUACUAAUGCCUGAGUUAAGUUUCACAGACCUGAUCGAGACACGGAAGAGUAAAACUGUCAUGCUGAUAUUUUGAGAUUGAUAAUUAAAGGGACACUAUAGUCACAUGAACAACUUCAGCUUAAUGAGGUUGUUCAGGUGAGAACUAUAGCUCCCUGCAGCCUUUCUCAGGUAAACACUUUAUUUUCUGAGAAUACAUUGAAAGCUAGGAACACCUCCAGUUGUAGUCACUCAGAAUGCCACCAGAGGGACAUCCGCGUUGAUUGAGGCAUAAAACUGGUGACUAUAAUCUCCCUUUAAGUCCAAAAGAGAGAGCCACUAACCAAAAUGGGACAAUGAUUGGAGACUCUGUUUCAAUAUGCUUUGCAAACUCUCAAUAGGUGCUACUAUGUUAUUCUAUGCUUUUAUGUUUUAAGAUUUAUUUCAAGUUUUGUCGAGUUGGGACGAGACAGUAGUACUGAUAAGUGUAUAGAUCCACCUGUACAGGGUGUGGCAUGCCAACCUGGUACUCCGCACAGCACACCUCAAACCUCCCCAAGGGAAAUGGGUGUCACACUCAGUACAGUCGAAUCCAACAACUGUUCGCCGGAGGGUGAAAUUGGCUGAUUGCAUGGGGAGCAGCUGCAAGAUGUACACAGGUGCUUACUUCUGCUACACCUGUAUACAAAACUCAAACCAUUUUCUUUCCUCCUUCUUUCCUCUUUUUCAUUCUCUUUGCUGAUGGGCAGGUGAGGAUGGUGGUGGGUGGGAUAUGGACAAAAGGUAUGCUGGAUAGCACCCAAAAACCUUCAUGCGCAUAGUCUCAUUCGUAUGAAUGCCCCUUCCAAACGUCAUGCUCUGUACAGAGAAAUUAAACAGCUUAAAGGAGACAUUGUGUGCUUACAAGAAAACAAACUUUCGUAAGAAUUUCCAUCUAUGUGGAAGCUAUUUAGCAACCAACUGUCAUUUCCCUUGAUUAACAAAGAAGCAGUCCUGAAGGGAAGGUUCUAAUCAUAGUUAUACUAGCACUGAUAAACAAAGUCACCUAUACAAUAGCUAACAUAUAUGCCCCUAACAACAACCAGAAAGACUUUUUAACUGGUCCUGUCCAAAUUUGAGGUUUGCUUAUUCUUGGGGGCGACUUCAACUGCAUUCAAGUUGACUCCACUUUGGACAAAACGCCAACAAGAGUAGAAACACAGACAAAAUUGGCCAAGCAAUUGACUUCUCUUUUCAAUUCCUACAACCUCUAUGAUGUCUGGAGGUCACAUAACACACCCGACAAAGCUUACACAUACUACUCCUCAUUACAUAACUGCUGUACUGGGAUAGAUCGAUACUACAUCAAAGUCACACACCUAGAACAAGUCAUAUACUGUGAGAUAGGGAAUAUUAAUUGGUCGGACCACGCUCCGAUUACCUUCAUGUUGUCAGAAAUAAUCAGGCAUAAAUAUAGGUUCAACUGAGUAAAAAAAAUAUUUAAUUAUUUGGGCAUCAAAAUCUCAAAAACCCAGCACAGUGGGAAGUGUUUAAUUUACUCCCCUUGAUCAAAGAAAUACACUGAAAUUUAAAAAAUAAUGGAAAAACCUAGAAAUUUCCUGUCUAGGGAAAAUAAAUACCAUGAAAGCAUAUGUUGUACUAAGAUUAACCUAUAUUAUGAAAAUUAUUCCACUGAAGACACCCAAGAGCUGGUUAGAAUUGAUUCAGUCACUGUUUACUAAAUGAAUUUAGCCAUGUAAAAACCCCCAGAUUAAACCGAAAUAUUCUGGCAAGGAGUAGAGCUGAAGGGGUCAUGGGAAUCAAAACUAUCAAAGAUAACACGUUUUAAUAAUUAAUAAUAAUACCUCAAAUGAAAAUUGGUAUACCAUUCAACAACACUUCACUAUUAAAAAUAAAAAUCUAGAAUCAUAUAUUUAGAUGGUUGAUAAAAAGAUAUACAAAGCUGUAACAAUUCUAACUCUCUACUAAUCCACUUUCCUACAUGAUAUGUUUUUAUAAAUUAAAUUGGCCUAAAAGGAAAAUGAGUAUCGACUUUACAGCUGUAUAUAUUGUCAAAUCUAAUAACUGAUAUAAAUAUAAAGGUUUGGCUUGCUAGGGGAAUAAAGAGGAUCUACAAUCUACUCAAUGUGAAUACAUUAAAAUAUUUUGAUCAAUUACAAAUAGAAUGCAACUUACCAACAAUAGAAUGGUUUAACUAUAUGUAAAUUAUAUAGUUUCUAAACAAACAUCUAAAAUUAGAUCAGCUAAGAUUAGAUCUGUUAAGAUGCUGACUGAACUAUAUGAACAGGCAGAUUAUAACCAUUUAUUAGCAAAGUGCCACAAGUUAGUCAACAGGUCCCAGACAAAUUAAAUUUCCCAUGCAAUUACUAAAUGAAAGUUAGAUUUAAACAUAAUAAUUGCUAUGAAAGAUUGAAUUGAUUCCCUCACCGUGCUAUGUAAGACCUGCCACUGUUUAAAUAUACAUGAAAUUCAUUACAAGAUACUAGAGUUGGUCUGAACCAAAGGAGGAUCCUAAACACAUGUAAUGGGAUUGCAUGACAGCUAAAGAAUUUUUUUUUUUUAUCAAAUCUCUUUAUUAAGAGUUUGUAUUGGUGCCUGGAAUGGCAUUGUUACAUUUGGACAUGAAAACAUUAAACAAAGAUCUUAGGGCCAUUGUCCUCCAUAUUCUAAUGGCUAUUAAAUUAUUGAUAGCUGCAAACCGGAAAUCCUCUUUGAUGGGUAGUUGGUCUAAGAUCCACUCAAAGGUAGUUGAACAAUGCAAAAUGCAACGUGUCAUUGCUAGCCAUUUUUGCUCAAUUUUUCCUGAUGUACUUCUUGGGAUAAAUAGAUCUAAAAACUAACCCUGGAUAACAAAAUUUAUCUUAUAUUUGUCAGUUUUUCCAUUUCUAAAUUAUAUUGAGGUGUUAAUUCUGAUACAUGUUUGAUAAGUAACUUAGAUACUUGUAUCACAAGAUUGGGUGUUACAUAUGCUCCUCCUGUCCCGAGCCCUACCCACAAGUCUAUUUAUGAUAUGGUAUGUUAUGUUGUGCACUUUAAAUUUGUCUUUAAAUAUAUUUAUGUUUGUAUUUAUACUGAAAAAUAAAAGGAUGAAUAUUAAAAAAUAAUUAAAUAAAUAGGUAAUCGGGCUGGAAUCUCUGUCUAUAUCUAUAACUUACAAUAAAUUGAUUAUUAAAUGCUUUAAAACAAUACAGUAAUCAUAAUUCACCAAACUCUGCAUAACUACUAUUCUACUUGCCAGUUAAGCUGCACACUUUAUUAUAUAUGCAUACAAUGGGUAUCCAAACCAAACAUUAAAAUACAGUCAAUGCAUCCAAACAUUUUUUUUUAUCAGCUGUAUUUAUUACAUAUUUUUGUAAGGUAUAUCACUUUAUUUUCUUUCUCAUUUUCCACUUAUAUCUGCUUGUAUCUUCUCAACUGUCUUAUUAUACUUUAUACAUCUUGUUGUUGUUUUGUUUUGUUUUUAGAAAGAAAAGGGUCCCUUUAUGUGGAGGGACUGCUACCUGUUAGUGAAUUGAUUUGUGUGUUAUUCCCCAUGUUUUUCUCCUAUAUUAUGUGUAUUCUUGGGUUUUACCUACUCCCCUAUCGGGAGUCCCCAUACGAACGAGUUCUGUUCACCUCCUGAACGAGGACCACCUCGAUACCCCAUUUAGAAUGUUUGUUUGGAAUGUUUGCACCUCGUUAGAAUGUUCGCACCUAGUCAACGAGGUGUGAAAACCACAAACUGCAAGGGAAGUCUUCUUUAGAUGAAUGUCAUCCAGGGGGAGCAUUCGCAGAUUGCUUCCCACCUCCCCAGUGCCCCAUGGAAUGUCAAUUCGAACGUUGGCAACUUGCAACAUAAGUGUGAAACCGCAAGGGAAGUAAUUAAUCAAUGCUCCCCUGGGUGGCCGCUGUUCGUAUAGACGGAGGGCGGCCAGGGGGAGCGUUCGAGUCCCGAACAGAGAUGCUUCCCUUGCCUGGUUUCACUCAGGGAUGAAUGGAGGCAGUUACCAUUCUGGAGGAUUUCUGAGAUUGGUGGGGACACUCUCUUGGGGACAAUGGCAGUUUGGAGGGCUUUCUGUGGCUGGGAGGCACAGAGGUGGGAAGAUUUCCCAUGAUGGGACUCCCAGGCACAGAGGCUAAUGGGAAGAAGACCCCUGCACUGGGAAGUGGGAAACCCUGUAGUUGGGUGGUGGGUACUGGGGACAAAGGGACACACACACAGGCCCCUGAGAGGGGAAGGACCCUGGGACCCUAGUUGUUCUGGUGACUAUAGUGUCAUUUUAAUAAAAAACAGAGUGGUCAUAGUGGUAAACUAAAAACCUGAAACCAAAGCAUAAAUUAAAUGGUGCAUGCAAGAAUUUAAAAUGUGGUUUAUGCAGAUAUUAUGAUCAGAUUUUCAUGCCGUGUUAUCGAAAAGAAGCAUAUUUUUUAUUGUAGACAAGAGCAGGAAGAAAUUACUUUCUAUUUUUCCCUAAAUCUGGCAGAGGGAACAAAUACAUUAUGUGAGGUCAGUGAGAAAUGAAAUAUAAUAGCUGCAAAUAUCCUCAUCUUCAAACAUGUUUAGACAAAAAGAACAUUAACUCUUUGAAUGACCAAAUUCAGUAUAAACCAUUUUAUUUUAAUGCAUUUUGCAGGUUGAAAUAUAGACCUCAAUUUAAAGGGACACUAUAGUCACCAGGAGAACUAAAACUUAAUGUAGUGGUUUUGGUGUCUAUAGCAUGUCCCUGCAGGCAUUUCAUGUAAAUACUGCUUAGGGACACCUCUAGUGGCAGUCAUUCAGACAGCCCCUUGAGGUACUUCCUGGGUCAGUGCUACCCAAUGUGUAGCACUGAUGUUCAAUAUCUCCAUGCUCUGCAUGCAAACAAUGAAAGCUCCCCAUAGAGGCAUGAGGAAAUGCUGAAUUGCACAGAGUGGCAUUUUGCCACACAGAGCAGCAUUUUGUGCUUCAUGCAUGAUAUCUCCCAAUGUUUUCCAAUGGAAAAACAUUGGAUUGGCAGAUAUCAUAAAAUUUGAUGAUCUCAGCCAAGGGGAUAGAGUGUGCCUGGGCCAGCUGUGACGGGGUCUGUGCAGCACUGGAAAAACGUGAGUAAAUCACCUUUUUAACUCGAGGUAAGGGGUGCUUGGGGCCUUAACAGCUAUUUAGAUCUAUAGCGUGAGGAAUACACAUUUGUAUUCCUGACACUAUAGUGUUCCUUUAAUAUUGUUGGAUCAUCUUUCCAAAUUACUUAUGUUUGACUAAACUUUCAAAAUGGUUUCAUAUAAUAAAAAAUAUGAAAAUUGUGUAAUAUUUAAAUUUCUAUAUAUAUUGAUAUAUAAUUUAUAUUAAAUUAUAUUAUAUUAAUUAAUUUUCGAUGUAGUUUUAUCCCUGUGUCUUUGUCUCUUUAAGCAAAUUCCAUCUAACCUGCCUAGAUAUAAACAAAUACUACUAGGCCAUCUUUUAAUCUCAGCAAAUUCCUUCAUCUCCCACUCUGGAAAUCACCCACCAUACCAACUGUGGGUGAAGUCUUAUCUGUAGUAUUUGAAAAGAACACAUGUGAAUUAGCUUUCUGUGAACCCUCUACCUUCACAUCUAUACUGCAGCAUGAAUGGUCCAUGUGGGAAGAUGGUGUGAAAAAAGAAUACAGACUUUAAAGGGACACUGUAGGCACCCAGACCACUUCAGCUCAUUGAAGUGGUCUGGGUGCAGUCCCUUUUGCACCUAGUGCUGCAAUGUAAAACAUUGCAGUUACAGAGAACUACAAUGUUUACAUUGCAGCACUAAGUAUGCUCUCAGUGGCUGUCGACCAGACAGCCACUUGGGGCGCUUCCAGAAUUGUAACAGACUUUUGGUCCGUUAUCUGAUGUGCAUUAGACCCAGCGGGUCACGGGACAGAGGAGUGGGCAAAGCUUCCACCCAGCACCGAGGAACAUCGGCGCUGGGAUAAAGUAAGUAAAUAAAGUGGUUUUAACCCAUAAUUUACUGGGUAUGAGGUGGCGUGAGGGAGGGGGGAGGCAGAGGGAUUGGUAGUGCGAGGAAUACAGCUUUGUAUUCCUGGCACUACAGUAUCCCUUUAACCACGUUCACACCUAACUGAAUGCUUGUUCUACUUACUGACUUUUUGUUUGGGACCAUGUCAUAACAUUAUUAUGUAUAUACUUUACUUAUUUCAUUUAUAUAGGAAACUAUAAUUUUUAUGUGUAGAAAAAUAGAAACAUAGAAUGUGACGGCAGAUAAGAACCAUUUGGCCCAUCUAGACUGCCCUAUAUUUUAAAAAAACUUUAAUUCUUCCAUGGCCUUAUCUUAUACAGGUGAUACUCGAAAAAAUAGAAUAUCGUGCAAAAGUUCAUUUAUUUCAGUAAUGCAACGUAAAAGGGGAAACUAAUAUAUGAGAUAGAUGCAUUACAUGCAAAGCAAAAUAGUUCAAGCUGUGAUUUGUCAUAAGUGCGAUGAUUAUGGCUUACGAUAUUCUAAUUUAUGGAGUAUCAGCUGUAGUUAGGAUAGCAUUAUGCAUAUCCAACACAUGCUUAAACUCCUUUAUUGUGUUAACCUCUACCACUUCAUGUGGAAGGCUAUUCCAUGCAUUCACUACCCUCUCAGUAAAGUAAUACUUCCUGAUAUUAUUUUUAAACCUUUGCCCCUCUAAUUUAAGACUAUGUCCACUUGUUGUGGUAGUUUUUCUUCUUUUAAAUAUAGUCUCCUCCUUUACUGUGUUGAUUCCCUUUAUUUAUUUAAAUGUUUCCAUCAUAUCCCCCCCGUCUCGUCUUUCCUUACUUUAACCUAUUUAGUUUAGAAAAAGGUUGCCUGAGAGGGGAUAUGAUAACAUUAUACAAAUAUAUUCGGGGCCAAUACAAACCAUUGUGUGGAAAUCUAUUCACAAACCGGACUUUACAUAGGACACAAGGCCAUGCGUUUAGACUGGAAGACAGAAGAUUUCGUCUGAGGCAAAGGAAAGUUUUUUUUUACUGUAAGAACAAUCCGGAUGUGGAAUUCUCUGCCUGAAGAAUUGGUUUUAUCAGAGUCCAUACAGAUGUUCAAACAGCUACUAGAUGCAUACUUGCAAAAACAGAAUAUUCAAGGAUAUAAUCUUGCAAUGUAGGGUAAUAACUGCUUGAUCCAAGGAUAAAUCUGACUGCCAUUCUGGGGUCAAGAAGGAAUUUUUUUCCUAGCUUGUUGCAAAAUUGUGCUUCAAACUGUUUUUUUUUGCCUUCCUUUGGAUCAACAGCAAAAAACAAAUGUGAGGAAGGCUGAACUUGAUGGACGCAAGUCUCUUUUCAGCUAUGUAACUAUGUAACUAUGUAACCUUUCGUGGUAAGUUUUAUCCUGCAAUCCAUGAACCAGUUUAGUAGCCCUUCUCUGAACUCUCUCUAAAGUAUCAAUAUCCUUCUGGAGAUACGGUCUCCAGUACUGCAUACCAUACUCCAAGUGAGGUCUCACCAGUGUUCUGUACAAUGGCAUGAGCACUUCACUCUUUCUACUGCAAACACCUCUCCCUAUAAAACCAAGCAUUCUGCUAGCAUUUCCUGCUGCACUAUUACAUUGUCUGCUAGCAUGUCCUGCUGCACUAUUACAUUGUCUGCCUACCUUUAAGUCAUCAGAAAUAAUCACCCCUAAAUCCCUUUCCUCCUAUGUUGAGGUUAGGAUAUUCUGUACUCUGCCCUUUGGUUCUUACGUCCAAGAUGCAUUAUCUUGCACUUAUCCACAUUAAAUGUCAGUUGCCACAACUCUGACCAUUUUUCUAGUUUACCUAAAUCCUUUGCCAUUUCGCUUAUCCCUCCUGGAACAUCAAGCCUGUUACAAAUCUUAGUAUCAUCAGCAAAAAGACAUACCUUACUGAAAUCUAGGUGAGCAAUGUCUACUGCACCACCCUGAUCUAUUAUUUUAGUUACCCAAUCAAAAAAAAUAAUAAGAUUAUUUUGGCAUGUUCAACAAUCCUAUCCUUUAACAUAGUUUCCAUUACUUUCCCCACUACUGAAGUAAGGCUGACUGGCCUAUAGUUGCCCGACUAAUCCCUACUACCUUUCUUUUGAAUGGGCACAAUAUUUGCUAACUUCCAAUCUUCUGGGACUAAACAUUUGCUAACUUCCAAUCUUCUGGGACUACUCCUGUUAACAAUGAUUGGUUAAAUAAAUCUGUUAAUAGUUUUGCUAGUACACCACUAAGCUCUUUAAUAACUUUGGGUGUAUUCCAUCAGGUCCCAUUGACUUGUCUUUACUUUUGACAGUUGAAAUAGAACCUCUUCCUCUGUAAACUCACAUGUAGCAAAUUACUCAUUUGUCCUUUUUCCUAAUUGAGGCCCCUUUCCUUGAUUUUCAUCUGUGAAUACUGAAUAAAAAUAUUAAUCGAGGCAGUCAGCUAGACCUUUAUCCUCUUCUACAUACCUUCCUUCUUAUGUUUGUAAUCUAACUAAUCCUCGUUUUACUUUCCUUUUCUCAUUUAUGUAUCUUACAAAAUAUUUUGCCCCCCCCCCUUUUUUCUUUUUUUUUUACUGACUGUUCUAUUUUCUCUUUUUUGUGUGAUUUGGAACCUCUUUUAACUUGCUUAGCCUCUUUCUGCCUAAUCUUGGAGAUCAGUUUGUCUCACUCUGGUUUUUUUUAUAAUUAUUAUUAUUAUUAUGAUGAUAUUUAUAGAGCGCCGUCAAAUUCCAAAAAGGUAAGGAUAGUAUUAGACUAGUGACAGUUGCAGAAGAGGAAUCAGUCAGGAGCUUUAACAGUUUAAUUCAUAUGCUUUUAUGAAGACGUGGGUUUUUAACGAUUUUUUGAAGGAGUGGAGACUGGGUGAGCAUCUAACGGAGGAGGGAAGCGAGUUCCACAGGAACGAUGCAGCCCUCGAGAAAUCUUGAAGGCGAGCAUCAGAGGUGGGAGUACGGACAGAAGAUAGACGUAAGUCUUCAGAAGAUCGUAAGGGCCUAGACGGGACAUACUUGUGUAUAAGGGAGGAUAGAUAGGUGGGAGCAGCAUUAUGUAGAGAUUUGAAAGCAAGAACCAGAAUUUUAAAUUGAGCUAUAUAUAUUUUAUAGGAAGCCAAUGUAGAGACUGACAGAAGGGUGAGGCUUGGGAGGUGCAGGCAGACAGGAAGAUGAGCCUCACCGCUGCAUUCAUUAUGGACUGUAAAGGCGCUAGUUGGGAGCACGUAAGACCACUGUGAAGUGGAUUACAGUAGUCAAGGUGAGAAAGGACAGUGUAAUGGACCAACACCUUAGUCGCAUCUGGCGUUAAGUAGGGGCGGAUGCGCGCAAUGUUUUUGAGAUGGAAAUUACAGGAUUUGGCGAUAUAUUGAACAUGAGGCUUGAAGGAGAGGUUGGAGUCAAAGAGAACACCUAGACAGCGAGCCUGCGUGGUGGAGCUGAUGGUAGCACCGUUGACUUGGAGGGAGACGGACACAUGAGUAACAACACUUGAGGGAGGAAAGACCAGAAUUUCAGUUUUGGUCAAGUUUAGUUUAAGUAAGUGGGCAGCCAUCCAGUUAGAAACAUCAGAGAGGCAGUCAGAGACACUAGUCAAGAGGGACGGGGAGAGAUCAGGAGAGGACAGGUAGAUUUGCGUGUCAUCUGCAUAGAAAUGAUAUUGGAAGCCAAAGGAGCUAAUGAGUUUACCAAGGGAGGCAGUAUAGAUGGAGAACAGUAGGGGACCAAGGACUGAACCUUGGGGACACCAACAGAGAGGAGUUGGGGAGAAGAAGCAGAGCCAGAGAAAGAAACACUGAAAGAGCGCUGGGAGAGGUAGGAGGAGCACCAGGAGAGAGCAGUAUCUUGUAGACCGAUAUUGCGGAGGAUGAGAAGAAGCUGUUGAUGAUCAACAGUGUCAAAAGCCGCAGACAGGUCAACAAGAAUUAGGAUAGAGUAGUGACCACGAGAUUUUGCAGCGAGUAGAUCAUUGGAUACUUUGGUCAGUGCCGUUUCCACAGAGUGCGUAGCGCAGAAACCAGACUGAAGCGGAUCUAGCAGAGAGUUGGACUCGAGGAAGUCUGUCAAUCUCGCAUACACAAUUUUUUCAAGGAUCUUGGAUGCAAAAGGCAGUAGCGAGAUAGGACGAUAGUUGGAUGGGGAGUUAAGAUCAAGAUUGGGCUUCUUUAGAAUUGGGGUUACAGUUGCAUUUUUGAAGGGCAAUGGAAAUAUACCAGAGGAGAGAGAGAGAUUGAGAAUUUUAGUGAGAGGUGGGGAAAGAGAAGAAGACAGAGUACGGAUGAGAUGCGAGGGAAUUGGAUCUAGGGAGCAGGUGGUGGGGCGGGAGGACUGGAGCAGAGCAGAAUCCUCUUCCAAUGUAGCGGGUGUAAAUGAACAUAGAACAGCAGAGGGAGCGAAGUUAAGGGAAGUAUUGUAAGGGGAAGAAGAAAGAUGAGAGAUCUCUUCUCUGAUUGUAGAGAUCUUGUCGGUGAAGUGAGUUGCAAAGUCUGAGGCGGUCAAGUUAGUAGGUGGAGGAGGAACAGCAGGGCGAAGAAGAGAGUUAAAUGUGUGAAAUAGUCGUUUGGGUUCGCGGGAGAGUGUGGUUAUGAGGGUAUUGAAGUAAUUAACUUUUGCAGAGGAAAGAGCCAAGCUGUAUGAGCUCAGCAUAAAUUUAUAGUGGAGAAAGUCAGAUGCCCAGUGAGACUUUCUCCAACAGUGUUCAGCAGUUCUGGAGCAUUUUUGGAGGUAUCGAGUUAGCUUGGUGUGCCAGGGUUGUUGUUGGGGGGGCCUGUGGCAUUUAAAUGUACAAGGUGCCAUGAUGUCUAGUUGAGAGGAGAGGGUAAAAUUGUAGAAGGAGGUUGCAGAACUAGGACAGGUGAGGUUUGAGAUAGGUAAAAGGAGAGUUUGGAGAUUAGUGGAGAAAUGCUCUAGGUCAAUGCUAAAUACUAACUUUUUGUUUUUUACUGUUUUGGCCACAUCUGCGGAAACAGUGGUUUCUUGAAUUUUUUGCUUUUACUGACAAGCCUAAUGCAAUUUUCUGUUGCCUUCAGCAGUGCAACUUUUAAAUAAUCCCAUUUCUCUUGGACUCCAUUGUCCAAUAAAUAAGUAUAUUUCAGUUCAUACAUUAUUGUAUUUAUGUAAUUAUUAUAUUAUCUGUUAUACUAUUAAAAAAAAAAAUAAAUAAAUAAAUAUAUAUAUAUAUAUAUAUAUAUAUAUAUUUUAGAUGAGAAAAGUUCAUGCAAAACGAUUAACUUAUCCAACAAUAUUUAAUUGAUGCCUUAGUUCAUAAAGCCUCACUCACCCUCAUUUAUACUCUAGUUAUCAGCCCACAGAGGAACACAUUUCUCUACAGAAAGCUACUAGCCACUGUUAUACCUGUAAAUGUGCAGACAAUGUGAGUUCACUCCUUUCUUUCAAACACCACAGUAAGUUUCAAUAAGUCACAUUAGUCAUACAGUCAGGGAACAGGGAGAAGUUAAUAGACUCUACCAUAUAAAUGUCACCAUUACAUUAGCAUUCCAGAAAUUGAUAAAGAUUGCUAUAGCUGUUUUAAAUACAUUUAUUUUAGAGAUUAUGAUUUAAUUGUAUUUACUAUAUGUGAACAUUAUGAUCAAAUGCAAACAUUUUUUGUUUUAUUCUUAUUUUUAGUAAGCUGUACAGCUAGUUAAGCCUUCAUAUUAAAGGUUGUCGUCAAAGCAAUCUAAACACAAAACUGUUUUGAUGUAAUAAUAUUAUAUGCAAACUAUGUAUCUCUUGCUUCAAAUAAACAUUAUACUAAUAUUUUUCAAUCAAAAAGAGCCCUGUACUGGAGGAGAAAAAAUGAUCAGUUAAAGUCAAAACUGAUUAGCUAUAAUUAAAUCUGUAACAGGGAACACGUUGUUACAUAAUUGUACACUUUGUUAUAAUUAUCACUAGGAUGGGGGCAGAGCCUGGACGUGUCUCAAGGGAGCUCCUGGCUGUCUGGAGACAAAAACUCUGAAAAUAACCCAAGAACCCUCUGUCUUUGCCCUCAGUGUGCAAGUAUCCUAUUACCUGCAAUAAGGGGCGUAAGAGCAAGAAAUGUUGAUAAUCCCCCAUCUACUGCUGACAUAGGCGAUUUGCUUUGGAGGCUGCAAAACCCAGAGGCCUGCCAUGGUGCCGCUAUUGGAUGGCCUCCAGUCCUCCAGUGAGAUGUCCUGUGCCGAGAGGGGGAAGUUGGAGAGAGCGACGUACUGACGGAAAGCUUAUACACCUCCAGUAAGGACACUGAGAGAACGCAAAAAAUUCUCCUGGAUGACCUCCACUGCAACAUAGCAGUAGACAUCACACUGUUCAAAGAAGAGAUCAAUGGGGUGUACCUUCACAACACGGAACUUAACACUGCUGCCCACGAGGUCCGCCUCAUUAGCCUGGAAAGCAAGCUAAGGGCUCUCAAAAGCGAACAAGCCCUAAUUCAGCACCGCAUGGCAGCAAAGGAGAAUCUCAUGUGCUGUAAAAAUGUGAAGAUGAGAGGCCUAGCUGAUACUAUCGCAGUGGCAGAGAUUCCUCACCUAGUCAGGAGACUCCUUACAAGCCUCUUUUCUGACAAACAUCUCAAAACCAUGACUCUAGAUGGCUGCUACCGACUACCAGCAUCACAGACGGGCUUGCUGGGAGUUAGUAGGGAUGUUGUCAUCCAACACUGAUGAAAUAGACAAGUUUUUAUGACAGAGGUCCGCAAUAAGACCAUUUUGAGGAACAUACAUUGCUUUCUACCCAGACCUGUCCAAAGCCACAAUGAACUGGCAGAGAUCCCAGCGACUGUUAACUACCUAACUUAUCAAGCAUAAAGUUCCUUAUUGAUGGUGCUCCCCAAAAUGCCUCUUAAUACCCUGUGAGUCCGGGACUUUAAAGCAAGCACCCUCCUAAAACUGGGGUUAGCCACCAACGAUGACCCUUGCUCCCCCGGCACACCCACCGCAACCUACUACUUGAGACCUAGACCUGGUUCGCCCAUUUCUAGCGACCGCUCAAUGGGGUGACCCAGCCUCCAUAAUGAUACCUUGGACACCCCAGCUGUUACAUCACUGCUCAUUUUGCUCGUAUUGCUUGAUAUGUUUUCUAUAAUUUUCGCAGUUUUUAUGCAGUUAGUUCUACUUUCAUUUCAACACCAUACAUGCUCCACGAUGUAUGUCCUCAGAAAUGUGUCCCACUCCACCAUUUCCUGCUGGCAAUACAGGCUUGAUCCUCUCCACCCCCACACAGGGCCAGAUUAACAUAGGGGCUGAUGAAGCUGAAGCUCCAGGCCCAUGCCUGUGGAAAAGGCCCAUUGAUUUGAAAAAAAUAAAUAAUUUAAAAUAUUUUUUUUUGUUGUUUUACUACUCUUGACAUGCUCUUGCUUAAGUUUGGAAAUUUAAGAGGCAUUAAUGGGAGCAAAACUGGUGUGGACUUGCUGACCAGGAAAUUAGUUAAGGUAAAGCUGACUUUGCACACUGUGCAAAUGAUCUUACUGCUUCAAUCUCUCCAACACUGUGGCAUGUUCCCUGUCUUCUACACUCACCACAUACACUUUUUUUCUGUCCCAGACUGUAUAACAGGAGGUUCUAUCUGCUAGUAAGAAGGUUAGGAGAGGAGUGGACCAGCGAGUGCUGGAAUACAGUCCUUAGAAAGCAGAGAGCUAGUACAUCAUUAAAUGCAUUUAUGCCAAACUCUUGGUUGCCACCCUGCAUGAUUGGCAGGCAGCAUGAUGUGCAUUCACAUGCAUUCUUUUUGGUCAUGUUUGUGUCUUUGGGUGAUUCUGGUUAUGUGAUUCACAUCAGUGGCCCACUCUUUUACUCUGCCCACUGAGAUCCUGUUUCACCGGACACUGCUGUUAGGGGGUAUGGAUUUACUUGAACGAUGAAAGCGAGAGAUUAGUAUAGGGUAUUUGUUUUCUGAUAGCUAUACCCUGUGAGUUUUCCUGCAGCACACCUCCACCAGAUAUAUGACGCUUGAGAUGUAUAACUGUUUACCAUUUACAACCUGACUGUUUGGAUUUACAUCGCUUUCAAGGAACGCCAAAGAAUCCCUAGGUGGGGAUUAUACCACCCAGACGCUAUUAUCUGAGCAGUGAUUUCUGCUCAGUAUAUUGUAAGUACAUUUCAUACUCUCUAUUAACCAUAUUCCAGGUAUUCAGUGAGCACUAUAUGUUCUAUUCUGUUUAAUUUUCGGUCGGAACUCCUGGUGAUUCAUUACUCCAUAUAUCCUUGAGUGGGGAUCAAUCCAUUUCACGCGCUUUAUACCAGAGCUGGAUUUUAGCUCUGGAAAUUGUGAGUACAUUAUAUGAUUUUAUACACAUAUCUUCAUAUGAACUGACGUAUUGCACUAUUGGAUCCUCUCUCCUUUUCUCUCCAUAUAUGGCUGACUGAAAACUCAAGUUUCCAUUGGGAAGAACUCCUAUCCAUAUACAAGAAUCAUCUCCGUUCAUUGUGGAUUUUCUAUCUUGGACUUGUAAUUUUUAAUUUUUAUAUUUUCUUAAUAUUUUAAUAUUUUUAAUAUAUUAUACAUAUUCUAUUUUACUUAUUUUAUAUUCUCAAAAAUUAUAUUAUUUAUCUUUUACCUUCUUUUUUAUUAUAAUUUUAUAGUGUGUACUCUUUGUGAUACAUACAACAUAAAUAGGCGCGCCCUCUCUUUCUUGUUUUUAGGUACUAAAAAUGCAUAUAGACAAAAAUAUAUAUGAACAAAUUUAUCAUAUAUAUGAUACAGAAAUAUUAAAAAAAUUUAAGAAAAUUGAAACAAAUUUAAAACAAUUGGCUUAAAAAUAUAUACAGUGGGACCUCGGUUUACAAAUGAAAAUCCAUUGAAAAUAAUGCCUCGGUUUACAAAAACAUUUUUGUAAUAGAAAGCAAGUUUCCCCAGGAUGCAUUGCACCUGUGAGGUUUAUAGCACCGCCCCCUGCAUGCUGGAACCUGUGGAUAGCACGUGGCGUCGAGUGUGGAGGUGUUGGGGUAGCUUUUCAAGUUUUGGAGCCAUUCUGGAAAUUGGUUGCAGUUCUUUUGGAACUUUUUUAGUGCAUUUGUCAAGCUGUGGAAAGGUAGGGAGCUGAGCUUUGUCAUUUGCAUGCCUUUUAUUGUGAGUUGGUUUCCAUGCCAGCUCAUUUCUGACCUCCAGAACGGAUUAAUUGGUUUUCAAUGCGUUCCUAUGGGAAACCAUGUUUCGGUUUACAAAUUUUUCGCAAUAAGAAACGUCCCGGAGAACGCAUUAAAUUCGAGGUCCCACUGUAAAUAAUACCCCUAUAUAAUACAUGGACAUAAAGGGGAUAAAAAAAAAGAAAAGAGCUCUAACGCAUUAUAUACAGUAUCUCACAAAAGUGAGUACACUCCUCACAUUUUUGUAAAUAUUUUAUUAUAUCUUUUCAUGUUUGAGGGGACAGCAAAUUUACACUGUUACACAGGCUGUACACUUACUACUUUACAUUGUAGCAGAGUGUCAUUUCUUCAGUGAUGUCACAUGAAAAGAUAUAAUAAAAUAUUUACAAAAACGUGAGGGGUGUACUCACUUUUGUGAGAUACUGUAUAUAUAUAUUAUAUAUAUAUAUAUAUAUAUAUAUAUAUAUACGAAUAUUGAAAAGGCUUGCACUCACUGUCUUUUUUUCUUUUAAAAGGUUCCUUUAUUUCAUUCCUUUAAAAUGCGAUCGACGUUUCAGCCAACGUCCGUGGUUUUCAUCAGGAUCAGUACAGCACAAAUAUACAUUGUAACUAACACGCUUAUAUAGCUAAAUAAACUAAUAAAUCAAUCAAUAAAUCACUCACCACCUGUAUUACUAUCACUCCUCCUCGGCGUGUCUCAAUUCCAUGUGCGCAUGCGUGAGAAUGCCGCUACCCGGAAGUAGCUGACGUCACCGUUUGUUGCCAGGGUUACCCGAUGCUCAUCCAGGCUCCCUGAUAAACAAAGUCACUCUGUGCGCCGGUUAUAUAUAUUUAUUGAGAUCGUCAAAUUUGAUGAUCUCAGCCAAGGAGGCGAAACGGGGCCAGCCAUGGCUAGAAACAACCUCAUAUGAAUGUGUGUUUGUAUAUAUAUAUAUAUAUAUAUAUAUAUACAAACACACAUUCAUAUGAGGUCGUUUCUAGCCAUGGCGUAUUUGACGAUCUCACCCAAUCUAAUGCUUUCCCAUAGAAUUGGGAGCUUAUUGUGCAUAGUUGGAAAAAUGCUGCGCUGUGCCAAUCUGUACCUCCUUAUUGAGAUGCAUUGAAUCAAUGCAUUUUUAUAGGGAACAUUCAGCGUCUCCAUGCAGAGUGUGGAGACUGACCCAGGAAGAACCUCUAGUGACUGUCUAAGUGACUGCCAUUCGUGAUGUUCUAGGCAGUAAUGUAAACACUGCCUUUUCUCUGAAUUUAUGUUAAAAAACCUGCAAGGAUAGGCUGUAGAUACCAGAAAAACUACACUACGCUGUAUUUGAUCUUGUGACUAUACUGUCCCUUUAAAUAUAUUCUCCAUUAGAACUUUUGCGAGAAACUUUUGUUUGGUUCCCAGGCCAGUUAGUCUCUGUUGAUCAAUCAAUCCCAGGUGGUUUUCCUUCCUGGUUUUAAUCCAUAGACUGUGUAUUUUGUUUAUGGACUAGGAUGGGUAGUUUUUCAGCUGUGUUUACAAGAUUAUUUGUCUUUAAUAAAAUAUCUUUCAUUCCAAGCUAUCAUCAACAAUGGAUAUUAGUCUUUGGCUGAGAAGUUUCUUGUAAGAGUUUUUGUUUUAUUAGCCAUGUCACCAUCCUCGUUGUACACUUUAAUAAAGCCAUACAAAUUGUAUAUAAUAAGUUCUGAGACAUACAGUGCUGGUAUUGGAUGACACAUUCUCAGCAGACACACACACACACACUAGUGGCACUGAAGUUUUGUAACAAUGUAUGUUCACGCAUAGCUUAGUGGUUAGGUCCUAUGUUUUUUUUUACCUGUCAGUCAGGGAUUAGUAUAAUGAUUUUUUUGUAAAAACAGACAAAAACAGACAUUGUUUGAGAUGUCACAUGCAGUAAAUAUAUUAUUUUAUAUGGUCCAACACAUAAAAAAAAAAUAACUUAUUCACUCUUGCAUGUUCAUCCAGAGAAAUAAUUGAAAUGAUUAUUGUUUGUUCAAGCUCAAGAAUGGUAUCCACAACAUAUUUUAAAACAAUAUAAAUAUAUGCAACAGAUAUAUUAAAAUUAUAAUAUGUCAUAAUUAUAGAACACUUGUGGAAAAAUAAAGAACAAAUAAAGAACACGCAGGAAAAAAUAUGUAUAAUAAAACAUGGAUUGAAUUGGUAAUCUCUCUGAUAAACUCACCAACAUAGAGGAAUGGAAGUCAGAUUAAAGUACUGUGACACUGCAUUGUGCAUGCUUACCAUUGAUAACAGACAUUUGUACGUUAACCCUUACCCCUAGAGACACAAUGUAAGCAGUUUAUUAUUUUACCACCAGCAAUAGAUAUUUUUAUUAUAUCAACAAUUAUCUUGUGGGUCACUGUCCUAACUGCAUCUGUGGAUGAUCUACCACUGCAUAUAAGAAAAAUGACUUUAAGGAUUAAGAAAAAAACUAAUACAAAGUGAUGAUACAAUUGCACAAUUUCUACAUUUUUACAGUCAUUCAUCGUUGGAAUCUCAACCCCUCUAGACUAAAUAAAUUUAAAUGAACUAAUUCUGCCAAAUGUUGGAAAGGAUGUGGACAAGUGGGCUCAUUGUUUAACAUACUGUGGACUUGUCCCAAAGUGGGCUUAUAUUAGAAAUCAAUUAACAAAUUAAUAUAUGCAAUUACUGAUUCAAUUUCCCAACUGAUCCCUGAAAUUUGUCUCUUUAAAAAACUUCCAACUCAUCAACCGAAAUACCAAAGAAUAAUGCUAGGUCAUAUUCUAAUUUGCGCAACUACCACCAUAACCAGAUAUUGAAAACCUAGUGACUUACCAGACAUUAAGGAGGUUUUAAGGAGGUUUUAUAUUCCAUUUUAGAUAGUAAACAACAUUAAUUGAUUUACCUACAUAUUCAGAAAAUAUUAUAUUAAUAAUGGAAUGAAUUGGAAAAUAUAAUACACAUAUGAUCAAAUUUUGUAAAUAAAUUCUGUUAAUAUUGUAAUAACUGUUUUUCAGUUUGUAAAUAGGAUAUGUUAAAUAACUAAAAUAUGUAACUUUUUAUGGAUGAUUGUGUAUAUAAGAUUAUUUUAUUGUUUAAUUUCUUUUUUAUUUAUUAUUUUUCCCACCAUUUUAUUUUAUCUUUGUUAUUCCAUUUAUUUAUUUGUUUGUUUAUUUACUUUUUUAUAUUCAUUGUAUUAAUUGUUUUAUAGACUCAUUGUUAUUAAUCUUAUGUAAUAUUUAUAUUGUUAUUAUUAUUAUUAUAUUGUAUGAAUAUAUAUUUUAAAAACCCAAUCAAAACAUUUGAAACAAUUGCACAAUUUCUAUUAACGCAUAUUUUAGUAGGACAGAGUAUACUGCAGUUUGAUUUUAUUAAAUUUAAUGUAGAUGCUUGAAAUGAAAGUUACAUUAUUCUCUGCAUCUAUAGUAUAGAAUAGCUUGGGGUUCUUCUCCUGCAUACUCUCUAAUGCAUAAUAAGUCAAUGAGCAUGGACAGCUGUGGUUUGUAUGUCCACAAAUGGGUGAUCAAUCAUUAAGUGUGCACAUAUGCAUAUGAAUUAGACAUUAAAUCAAUGUAAAAUAAAAAAAAAAACUGUCUCUAAUUAAAUUUUCCUGUUGAAGUAAUCUGUAUUGCCUGUAGCAGGUAAAGUGUAUAGAUAUGCUCUCAUGGUUUGUUUCAUAAAGAGCUUAUUAUAUAUUGGAAAGACUCAACUUAAUAUAUAUGUAAGGUUGGGCCUGUAGCUGUGGAAGGGGCCUGGUUUCCUUUCUUAAGGAGCACCAGACCUCUCCCCAAUAUCGUUAUUGAUUCUAGCGAUUUGCCCUUCGCACCGCUCCUUUUACUCACAUCAAUAUUUAGGGUAGCCCCUCUUUUAUUACAGGCCUAUCGCUUCGUCGGUUCCGGCCAGGGCCGUCUUUAAUAUGGAUUGGACCCUGGGCAAACAUUUGCUUGGGCCCCAUGAACCCGGUCGUCCCCUCCCUGGCAUGCAAUCAUGCCCCCCCACCCCAACGCAGAGGCGGACGUAAAGUAGAGAGGGCUCUGGUGCAUGAAUUAUUUUGGGCAAGAGGGGGCAAAAGGUAGAUCCCCAUCUGUCAUGCAACUCCAACAAUGCUUUGACAGCUGGGGCGCUACCAUUUUCCUAUGCAUGCAGGGUUAUAUUUAGCACUGAACAGUAUUUGUGUGUUUGAGUGUAAGCAUGUUUUUGUAUGGAGUAUGUUUGUGUGAAUGUAGGGGUGUGUUUGUAUGUGGAGAUGGCAUUUAAAUGCAAGUAUGCAUUUAUGUGUAGUGUUGGUUUAUGAAUACACUGGUGUGUUUAUAUAUAAUUUUGUUGUUUAAAAAAAGAGGUGUGUUUAUAUGUAGUGUUGAAGUUUGAAUGCAGGUGUGUAUUUGCGUGUAGUGUUGAAUGCUGAGAUGUAUGCACAAAUACACAUGCACUGUCACAAACACACACACACACACACUGUGAUACACAUACACACACAGAAACACUUGCAGAUACACAGAUAUACACAAUCAUACAGAUGCAGCUAUACAGACACAUUUACACACACUGACACACACACAUACAGACACACAACCUGGCACACAUGCAGACACACAGAUACACUGACAACAUACAGAUACACAGACACACACAAUGACAACAUACAGACACACAGAUACAUAACCUGACAAAUGCAGAUACAAACACUGACACACAUGCAGAUACACACAUUGGCUACAUACAGAUACAUGCACAGGUAUACACACUGGCACACACACACAGAUACAUACAUACUGACAACAUACAGAUACACACUGACACACACACACAGACACUGUGACAGACAUACUGACACUGUGACAGACAUACAUACUGACACAUACACAGACAUACUGACUGGCACACCGACAUACAUACAGACACACAAACUGACACACACAGACAUACUGACAUACACACAGACAUACAUACUGACACACACACAGACAUACAAACUGACACACAGACAUACAUACUGACACACACACAGACAUACAAACUGACACACAGGCAUACAUACUGACACACACAUAGACAUACAAACUGACACACAGACAUACUGACUGACACACAGACAUACAAACUGACACACAGACAUACAUACUGACACACACACAGACAUACAAACUGACACACAGACAUACAUACUGACACACACAUAGACAUACAAACUGACACACAGACAUACAUACUGACACACACACAGACAUACAAACUGACACACAGACAUACAGACACACAGACACACACAGACAUACAUACUGACACACAGACAUACAUACUGACACACACAGACAUACAAACUGACACACAGACAUAUACUGACUGACACAUACAUACUGACACACAGACAGACAUACUGACACACUGACAUACACUGACACACACAGACAGACACUCUUCAGUUUCCUACCUUUGAAAGAGGCUUCCUUCCCUGGGGUCCAGUGUGCUGGCUGGGGUAGUUGGGAGUUGGGGGUCUGGCUCUUCUUGCUCCCCCCUCCUCACUGGAUCCUGGCUAGCAGCAUCCCGCGCGGCCCGAUAUCUUUGAGGUGGGAGGAAGUGAUUCGCGGACGUCACUUCCUCCCAUGCAGCCGUUAAGCAAGGGGCCCGGUCGCGCUGUUAAAGGGCCACAGCGCCGACCGGACCCCUGCUGGAACAUGCUCACUGGGUGGCCCUAAAGGUAUGGGCCACCGGGGGGGGGGGGCCCUUAGUGUGCGGGCCCCGGUACAGCCGCAAUACUAGCACCGCGGGCCCAUUAGGUAGGGAAAUAUUUUUUAAAAAUACAUUUUUAUUGCAGGUGACGGGGCCCACGGGGCAGCUGCUUUGGGCCCCCCAUGAGUAACUGGGCCCAGGGCAGCUGCCCCGUUUGCCCCUCCUUAAAGACGGCCCUGGUUCCGGCACACCACAGCCGACUUGUUCAUAUUAUUACUUAUUUCAUAAAUUCACUUAUGUAUACCUACGUCUAGUUAGCUCACUUUACGGCUUUUGCCCCGAACACAAAUAUAAUAUAUUAUAUCCAUUUAUUAAUUUAAUAAUUAAGUAUAGGAGCGUAAUGUGUUUGAGUCAUGUGACUCAAAAAAAUUUCUGAAAACAUAGAAUACCAUUCAGGAAAGAUAAUUGCUUGCACCUUACAAAUUUGACACCAGAUUCCAAUUGUCAAAAUGUUGUUUUGUGCUUAUGAAAAUGUAAUUUUUUUGUGUAUUUUCAAUAUAUUUUGCAGAAGGCCUAUUUUAACUCUUUAAUAUAAGACAGUAUCCUAGAUCUUCUUAAUGUCACCUGUGAGAAGUAUAUUGCAUCACGGACAUUAAUGGCUUUGAGUGUCAUAAUUCUCAAUAGAUUACACAUAAUGUUUACAGCUGUUUGGAUCAAUUAAAAUAAAUUGCUAGAACACUCUAGUGAGGAAUUUUAAAUCAUGUCUGGUUCAAGAGAUUAAGCAAGGAAUGCUAUUAAAUCCUAAUGGAAAAUAUACAAUGAUUCAGUAAAUACAACUUCUCCUAUCUAGAUACAUUAAAAGUAAAAAAAGAAAAGAGCUCUAAUGCAUUAUUGUAUUUUAUAUGUCACAAUAAAGCAGUUUUUAAUACAGUACCAUUCAAGGGUAUUAAAAGAUAUACACUUAUUCAGUGAUAGGCACCAUUCUGCAGACUACAUCUACCCUGAUAUUAUGCCAACAUUUUGGCUCUUAGUUAUUGCUACCACUUAUCAAUGUUAGCUAUUGCUGUCAUGUAAGAUAAAAUUGUUCAUUAUUCAUUUUUCUAGUGUAUAAUAUGUUAUUCAGGGUGAGUUACUGCUUUCAGGUAUGGGUCAUUAGGAAAUAUACAAAUAUAUUGACCCAGAAUGAACAUGGUAAGACUCUAUCAUUCUCCUCUAUCACUCACGUGAUCUAAGACUCUGAGCUUCAUUGAGUUCUGACACAGCAUUGGAGGGAGCGGUAAAGUUAUCUAUGCAGACUAAGAGGGUCUAGAGCAGGGGUCCUCAAACUCCAGCCCCCCCAGAUGUUGCUGAACUAUAACUCCCAUGAUUCUCUGGCUAUGUAAUUCAAAGAAUCAUGGGAGUUGUAGUUCAGCAACAUCUGGAGGGCCACAAUUUGAGGACCCCUGGUCUAGAGGAAGUGAAACAUCUAAGGGGAUUAGGCAGAGAGAGCAGUAUCUAAGGGAGAUAAGAAAGAAAGAGACAGGAAGGUAGUAGGAAGAACACAUACAUAUUCUCCUGCAUUCACAUACCAACAUUCCAUACAAAUACACUACUCCAUUCACAUGCUACAUAAUUCCCUAUAAAUAACCCCCUGCACUCACACACAUCUGUUCUACAUUCUAACAGACAGUACAUUUGUACAUUUACACUGCAUUCAAAUAAACGCAUGCCUUUUCUCACUGGCAUUACCUAAAAUAUACUUGUAGUUAUGCACAUAUCAUUAUUACACAUAUACCUCCCUUCUUUGACACAUACAUAGAUAAUCAGUAAUGAACUAUAAAUACAGUACUGCAUUAUCAUUCUUGCAGUAGAGAGAUUGCAUACCCCAAUUCCCAACAGUUUCACACAAUAUAAAAAAAAUAGUAUAAUAUAUACACACACACAAAUUUACAUAUAUUUCUAGAUUUCAUUAGGGUUAUUUUUUUUAAAGCUACUCAUAAUAAUAACAGUCAUAUUUAAACAAUCUGAAAUAUGUGUAUCUGUGAGGGAUUUACCAUUUUAUUGUUCAAUUAAGAUGAUGAUAAAGGAUGGAUGAUCACUGAUGGGCAUCAUUACUAUAUUUGGCAUAUAGUAAUGAUUUAGGAGGAAAUCAGAAGAUAUUACUAUAUUCGGCAUAUAGUAAUGAUUAACUCUUGGUCACUUUUUAUGAAAGUGGAAUAUUUAGAAGCUGUAUAUGUAUUAGAAACUUUCCUCAAAUUAUAUUAUAUACCAUCAAUUCUUUGCUAUUCUACGUGGGAAGACUAUCAAGCAGUGAGGUAUUAGAGAUGAUUUGAUGAAUCAGUCAAUUUAAGUGUUAUAGCACAGUGAAGCAAUUCAAUAAAAACCUUUCAUAGCUCUACUCUUUCUAAUAAAUUCAUACGUAAGCAAUCAUGCCUUUUAAUAAAAAUAUAAUUUACAGUUAGUCAAUACCUUUGAAAAUAGGAACACAUUUAAUAUGAACCAUAAAUAAGAAGUCAGAUGUUUGAACAUUGUAUACCAUAAAAUAAAAAAUGUAGCAUUUAUAAAGAAAACAAUAGAGAAAAAAAAAAUUCAGUUUUGAUUAGGAAAAGGCACUUAUAACACCCACAUAUGUGCACAGACACACACAGAAAAUAAAAAUGAAAUAAACAUAACAAGCUAAAUAUGUAGAUUCCCCCCAAAAAUGAUUUUAUGCUGUAUUCCACACACUAGAGUUAUUUACUAAAGUAAGAAUUUAAAGUGAAUUCAAGGCCAUGUAAAUUUAAAGCCAUACUAAUCACACUAGAAGAAUAGCUAACUUAGAGAAGCUUUCCAGUUUGACUGCUUUGAACAAAAAUGUGAAAUUAAUUUUAAUUUCUCACUUUAGUGAAUAAUCUUGCAACAUUUUAAUGGUUAGAUGUUGCUAUCCACUUAUUAAAUACAUAUUUAUUAUUAUUCCAACAAGCCUCCCAAUUGUCCCAGAGGUACAAUCUAUUAAGCAUCCUACCCUUCUGUUCCAAAUUAGUUCUCUGGUGUUUUGCAUCCAGAGACACCAGGGGAGUUUCCUCUGGCAAAACAGCAUGAGCACAUCAUUAGACUUACUUGCUUGGACCCUGGGCACUAGGACAAUGCAAAGAGAGAGAUCCAGCAGCAUAUAUGCAUUAUAUUUUAUAUAGGGGGCUAGCUGGAAGGUUAUCAGUUAUCCUGACAUGCUUGAUGCCAGGUGCACAUGCCCAUUUCACUUUCUUGGCGGACCUGCACAUUAUAUGAGUCGUCAACAAAGCAAAAUAACUGGUGAUGCCCCCUGAGGGCUUACUUAUUUGGGACUUAUUUUCCUAUUUUUAUUCGUAAGGUUUUUGUUUUUUUUACAAUUCUUUAAACUUAAACUCAGUUUAUCAUGGACUUAAAAUUAAUCUAAACUGGUCAUAAAGUUGACAUCAAAAUACAAUAUGCAAUAUUGCAGCUUUUAUUUAUUUUAAAAAAAAAUGUAACCCAUUAAGGACGGAGCCAAAUGUACAAGUUGUGAUCCCCCAAAAAAUUUAAACAAAGCACAGAAUGUGACUAUAUGUCUGUUCAACAAUAAUUUACCUCUUUCAUAUUACGUACACCCAUACUUAUUAUAUAUCAUUUUGUUGAGGAGAAUCAGAGCUUUCAUUUCAUAUCAAAUUUUUAUAUAUGGAACCAACUUUUUUUGUGAAAAAAAUCAAAAAAACAUUGAAAAAUGACAAAAUUUGGUUAUUUUUCAAUUUUUGCAUGGCAUUUGUAUUGUGAAUGUCAUAAUACUGUUCACUUUUACUGCAAUAAUACAUACACAUUUGUAUUCAGCAAUGUAGCACAGUAAAACAGUACCCCCCAUGUACAGGUUUUAUGGGUUUUUCAAAAGUUACAGGGUCCAAUAUAGGGCUUGUCCAUUCAUUUUAUUUACACAUAUAAUUUUUUUAGAUUGGUUUGCUGGGCCUAUGUUGCAUUUGAGACCGUAUGGUCAGGGCCAGAUUAACAGCCCAGUGGGCCUGGUGCUGAUAAUUAUGACGGGCCUAAUUAAAGAAUCAUAUCGACCAAAAACACUAAAACACAAGCGUCAUAAAUCUGAUGGAAAUGGUGCUGGAGAGAAAGAAUACAGUAGCUGUAAGAAAACACAUACCCUAUGCUAAUCUCCCUCUAAUUUAUGUUUUCAUCUUUCAAGUAAAUCCAUAACCCCUAACAGCAGUGUCCAGACAAGCAGGAAGUCAAUGGGCACGGUAAAAGGGUGUGCCACUGAAACAAAUCACGUAACCUGCCAAAAGGGGAGAACAUGCCCAAAAAGAGGACAUAUCUGCCCAAAGAAUUUGAAGGCCAGCCUGGCAUGAAUGUCAGACUGCCUGCCAAUCAUGCAGCUGGCCAACUAAGGGCAUACUAUGCAGACAGCACCCUGAGCUUGGCAUAAAUGCAUCGAAUGAUGCGCUCGCUCAACGCUUUCUAAAGGACUGUCCCCUAGCACUCGCUGGUCCACUUGUCUCCUUAAUUUCUUACUAGCAGGCAGACGCUCCUGGUAUAUAGUCUGGGACAGAGAAAAGUUGUAUGUAGUGAGUGUAGAAGAAAGGGAACAUGCCACAGUGUUAGAGAGACCAAAGUCAGCAUUACCUUAAAGGAUCACUAUAGGGUCAGGAACACAAACAUGAAUUCCUGACCCUAUAGUGUUAACACCACCAUCUAACCCCCUCUGGGCCCCUCAUGCCUCCAUAAAUAUAGUAAAAAUCUUACUGUAUUCAAGCCUGAAGCUGUAGCUCUGCAUGCUGUUAGACUCAUGCAGAGUUACAUCAUUAGAAUUGGUGGCCUGAUCCAAUCACAGUGCUUCCCCAUAGGAUUGGCUGACAAAACGGCAGAUCAGGGGCAGAGUCAGCAUGAUUCAAACACAGCCCUGGACAAUCAGCAUUUCCUCAUAAAGAUGAAUUGAAUAAAUUAAUCUCUAUGAGGAAAGUUCAGUGUCUGCAUGCAGAGGGAGGAGACACUGAAUGUUUGGAUGCAUUUUAGGCAGCCAUGACCCAGGAAGGAUCUCUAACAGCCAUCCAAGGAGUGGCCGGUGAAGUUAUCACUAGGCUGUAAUGUAAAGACUGCAUUUUCUCUGAAAAGACAGUGUUUACAGCAAAAAGCCUGAAGGUAAUGAUUCUACUAACCAGAACAAAUUAAAUAAGCCGUAGUUCUUCUGAUGACUAUAGUGUCCCUUUAACUAUAUUCAUUGUCAGCCAGUCCACACAAGUUUUGUUCCCAUACAUCCCUCUUAAGUUUCCAUACUUAAGUAAGAGUAUGUGAAAAGUAGUUAGGGUUGCCACCUUUCUUGGAAAAACAUACCGGCCUUACUAAUUUGUAUAAUUAAAUAUGUAUGGGUGACAUCACAUGAUGUAAAUCACAAGGAGUGACAUAAGAGAAAAUGCUGUAAAAUCACCCAAAAACUACUUAGUUUGAUUAUGCUGUAUAGAUGGAUUCCUCCCAGUGCCCCCAUGUUUCCCAGUGCCCCCAUGUGUCGAUUACUCCAGGUCUCAGCGUUCCUAUGUAUCAUUGUCUCAGUGCCCCAUGUCUCCCAGUGUCCCCUAGUGUCAUGUCCCUAGGUCUCCCAGUGACCCUAUGUAUCACAGUGGCCCUAUGUAUCACAGUGUCUCAAUGCCCCAUGUCUCCCUGUGUCCUCCAGUAUUCCCAUGUGUCUAUGUCCCCAUGUAUGUGUCACUAGGACACUAGGAAGACGGGGAGACCUGGGGAGACCUAGGGACACAGAGACACCAGUGACACUGGGAAACUAGGGGACACUGGCUGGGACACACGGGGACACUGGGAAAAUAGGGGACACUUAAAGACAUGGGGACACAGACACUAGAGACACUGGCUGGGGGACAUUGAGACAUGGGGGCACUGGAAGACAUGGGGACACUGAGACACCACGGCCACAGACACUAGCUUGGAGACAUGGGGACAUUGAGACACUUGAGGCACUGGGAGACAUGGAGGCAAUAGGAGACAUGGGGACAGUGAGACACUGGGAGACUAGGGGUCACUGGGAGACUAGGGGGCACUAAGACACCAGGGACACUGGCUGGGAGACAUGGGGACACUGGGAGACAUGGGGACACUGUGUCCCCAUGUGUCUGUGUCAUAAUGUCUCCCAAUGUCCCUUAGUGUCUCAGUGUCUGCCAUAAUGUCUCCCAGUGUCCCUUAGUGUCUCAGUGUAUGUCUCAUUGCAGCCUUUCCCCCAUCCCUUACUUCCCUGAGCUGUAGGCUGUCUCUGCAGGGUGGGAGUUGCUGUCUGGACUCUCUGUAGCUGCACCCCUGCAGAUCAGUGAGUAUAGAUAGGCAGGGAGGGAUAUGCUUGAACUUCCUAUCCCUGCCUGUCUCCACACACAGCGACCCCUACUGGCCAGUGCUGGUAUUGCAUAGUAAUCUCUUGUUUAUACUGAGAAAAAUACCAGCAUUUGUAUUGCCAAUAUCACUGCAAUAUUGGCACCAGCCAGGCAGCCUCAAAUACUGGUUGUGCCAAUAAAAUAAAAGCCAGGUGGAAUCCCUAAGAGUAGUGUGUGAAAUAAAAAAAUUAAAAAAAAAAAUAUUUUUUUUUUUUAAUCAAUUGGCCUAUUCCAUGCGCCUGGGCCUGGAGCUGCAGCUCCAUCAGCCCCUAUGUUAAUCCGGCCCUGCGUAUGGCAGCCCAGAAAUGAAAAUUACCCCCAUCAUGGCAUACCAUUUGGAAAAGUAGACAUCCCAGGGUAUUCAAAAUGGGUUAUGUCCAGUCUUUUGUAAUAUCCAUUUAGUUACAAACAGUAGCCAAAGUUGGUGUUUAGAUUUUCUUUUUUGCAUUUUUCACAUAGAAACUUUACUUUUAGUGAUGAUAUUAUUGUUCCUAUGCAUUCUACUGCUCUGAAAUACUCACAUUUCUGGUCAGUGAUGUCUCACGAGUACAACGGAACCCCCCAUGUAUAUGUUUUAUGGUGUUUUCGAAAGUUACAGGGUCCAAUAUAGGGCUUGUCCAUUGAUGUUUUUACACAUAGAAAUUUGGUAGAUUGGUUUUCUGGGCCUAUGCUGCCUUUGAGACCGUAUGGCAGCCCAGAAAUGAAAAUUACCUCCCGUCAUGGCAUACCAUUUGGAAAAGUAGACAUCCCAGGGCAUUCAAAAUCGGUUGUGUCCAGUCUUUUGUAAUAGCCACUUAGUCACAAACAGUAGCCAAAGUUGAUGUUCAGAUUUUUUUUUUUCUGCAUUUUUCACAUACAAAUUGUACUUUCAGUGAUGAUAUUAUCGUUUUUAUACAUUUCACUGCUCUGAAACACUCACAUUUCUGGUCAGUGAUGUCUCACGUGUGCAAUGGUACCCCUAUGUAUGCGUUUUAUGGGGUUUAAUAUACAUCUUAUCUAUUUAUGUUUUUACACAUUGAAAUUUGGCAAAGUGAUUUUCUGGGCAUAUGUCGCUUUUGAGAACAUAUGGCAGCCUGGGUAAUAACAUUUCCCCUAUUAUGGCAUACCAUUUUCAAAAGUAGGUAACCCAGAGUAUUCUAAAUGUCAUGUAUUGAUAUGUUUGGUGUAACCAGUUUUUAGAAAUGCUAGGCCCACAUAGCGGUUAUAGUUUUAUUUGUGCUUUUUCACACACAUUAACUCAAUUUCCACAGGUUAUUUCAUAUUCCUGAUAUGAGUUAGUGCAAUAAAGCCUCAGUAUUUUGUUUCAACAUUGUCUCCUAAAUAUAACAGUAACAGUUUUUCAGUUUUUUGGGGGAAGUCACAGGCACAAAUAUAUUAGAUGUCCAUUUCAAAGUUGGAAAUUUGGCAAAGUGAUUUUCUGGUCCUAUGUCACUCUUGAGAGCGUAUGACAGUCUGGGUAAUACAAUUUCCACUAUUAAGGCAUUCCAUUUUCAAAAGUAGGCAACCCAGAGAAUUCUAAAUGGUGUGCAUUGAUGUGUUUGGCCUAACCCCUUUAUCAGAAACGCAGGGCCAGAUAGCAGCUGUAGUUUUAUUUGUGCUUUUUCAAACACAACUCAAUUUCCACAGGAUAUUUCAUAUUCCUGAUAUGGAUUACUGCAAUAGAGCCUCGGUAUUUUGAUUACACAUUGUUUCACGAAUAUAACUAUACCCCCACGUACCAUUAUUUCAAUUUGUUUCGGUAACUCACAGGGCCACAUAUUUUAGAUGCCCUUUUCAGCUUGUAAGUUUGAAAAUGUGUCACUUUUGACAAUGUGUCACUUUUGAGAAAGUAUGGCAGCCCAGGAGAGAAAAUUACACCCAUGAUGGCAUAGUAUUUUUAAAAGCAGGCAGCCUGGGGUAUUCCAAAUGGCAUAGUUUGAGUUGUUUGGUCUAGCCACUUUAACUGACAUGCAGUGCAUAUGUAGGGAUUUAUACUUUUAUUUGUGUUUUUUUACACACAUUUUCACAGGAAAUUUCAUAAUGUUGAAAUUAGUUAGUGCAAUAAAACAUCAGUAUUUUUUAUUUAAAAUUGUCUCCUGAAUAUAACAGUAACCUCAUUUACCAUUUUUGCAGGUUUUUCACAAAUAGAACAGUACCCCCACAUACACUUUGUUCUGAAGGCGAGAGAGAGAGAGUUCUUUGAUCUCACACAGAGAGUCACUGUGAAAAGUUUGAGAAGUUUAAAAAAAAAAAAAAAGCAAUUUUUAUUUCAGUACUAAUCACAGUAUUAACCCUGUGAUUAGAGUUUUACUUUGUAAAGUCACAUUUUAACAAGUACUACAAAUGUAGUAUUUUGAGUUGUGUGGUGUAGCCACUUUAGAAUGGCUAAGGUAAACAGGGACAGGCCAAGGUCAGGGGAAUCCAGAAGUCAGCGCAGUCGGUAAAACAAGCCAAUGAGUCGGUACAGGUAGCUCACAAAGUGUAGUCAGGACAAGCAGAGGUCAGGGAAAUCCAGGGAAAUCAAACUGCCAAAGCACCAUACAGAGUGAUUUAGUAGUUCAGCUCUGUAUGGUAGACUUUGAAACAGUCUGUUAUGCAGAGGGCAGGUAGGGAUGGACAGGAGGGACAAUAAUAACUGGAGUCCUUUCAGACUCCUCUUUUCCAGCAAACACUGGAAAUUUUUUCUUGGCGUGAUCUUUUACAGGGUUUGGUGGCGAUCCGGGAAGGGAAAUGUUUGCUGAAAAGUCUUUGGGCAUCUUUGGAUUCCAAAGGAGGGUUAUGAUUGGGGGCCUGAGCAAAUACAAUUUGAGACAAAAUUUGCACCAUAAACUCUAGAAAUGGGUAUGGUCUGCCUAUGGCUUCCUUUUUAUAAAGCACAUAGGAGUUGAAAAUUGCAAUCUGGGUUACGUAGAUUGCAAUUUUCUUGUACCAGGUCCUACUCUUUCAGUUCACCAGAUAGGGCUCUAUGCAUUGGUCAGCCAAGUCUACUCCCCCCAUAAACUUGCUGUAGUCUACAAGGCACUUCAGCUUCUCCAGUUGCUCAGUUCCACCUCUCACAGACACUGGCACUGAAGUUUUGUUGUGCACUGUAGACAACAUGAUUAUAUCCUUCCUAUUGGUGACGCAAAGGGCAAACAACUUAUCCUGGCAGAGCGCUGAAAUGGAGCCUGUACUGUGUUUGCCACUUGCCAGGAUUUGGGGGAAACCUCUGCGAUUCUUCCGCACUGUGCCACAGGCUAGGGUUUCAAAGCAAAAUAAAGUUUUAAAUAACUCUAUGCUUGAAUAAUAGUUGUCAACCCUUAGCCUGUAUCCCUAUUUUAACAAGGGAAGGAUUAGGUCCCAUACUAUUUUGCCACUUGUACCCACAGAAUCAGGGCAUCCUGGUGGGUCAAGAUGGCUAUCCUUCCCCUGAUAAAUACGAAAUGUAUAUCCAGAUUUGGAUUUGCACAAUUUGUAAAAUUUUACACUGUAUCGGGACCGUUUAGAAGGGAUAUACUGCUUAAAAAGUAAUCUACCCUUAAACUUCAUUAGGGAUUCAUCUACACAAAUAUUUUCUUCAGGGACAUAAUUUUGGGAGAAUUUGUCUAACAGGAGUUGGAUUAGGGGUUGCAUUUUGUAGAGCCUGUCAAACAAUGGGUUGUUUCUGGGGAGGCACAGUGCGUUAUCGUUGAAGUGGAGGACACGCAGCAGCUGCUCAUAGCUUUUUCUCUUCAUAACCCCUGGGAAAAGAGGGGUAGCCAGGAUGGGGUUAAUUUUAAUAUUAAUAUUUGUGUAUUUAUCAGUUUUGCAUUGUGUUCAACUAUAAUGUACAUUUUUGCAUUUAUUGUUCCCAUAAUGUAUAUCUUUCCUUUUCUUUUGUGUAGAUUUCGAUGCAUUGUUUACCCCUUCAAGCAAAAACUGACAAUAUCAACAGCUGUCGUCAUUAUAGCAGUUAUCUGGGUUUUGGCCAUUGCUAUUAUGUGUCCCACUGCUGUUAUGUCUCAUGUAAAAGAAGAUAAACAUUUUAGGGUUGUCCUUAGUGGUAGCAAUCAAACAAAUCCUAUUCAAUGGUGUCGUGAGGAUUGGCCAAAUCCCCAGAUGAGAAAAAUAUAUACAACUGUUUUGUUUUCUAAUAUAUAUCUUGCUCCAUUAUCACUUAUUGUUAUUAUGUAUGCUAGGAUAGGAAUCACUUUAUUUAAGAGUGAAAUAAAUAUUGAAAAUAAGAAUCAUCAGCAACAAAGGCAUUCAGUUUCUCGUAGAAAGAGAAAAGUGAUCAAGAUGCUCAUUAUUAUUGCCUUGCUCUUUAUCCUCUCUUGGUUGCCAUUGUGGACCAUAAUGAUGCUCUCGGAUUAUGCCAAUCUAACAGAACACCAGUACCAAGUGAUUAAUAUAUAUGUUUAUCCCUUUGCACACUGGUUAGCAUUUUUUAACAGCAGCAUCAAUCCAAUUAUUUAUGGUUUCUUCAAUGAGAACUUCCGGCGUGGUUUUCAAGCUGCCUUCAAGUUACAGCUAUGCUCUGAAGAAAUGGAGAGAAGAUCCAUGUACUCUCACAGGGCUCAAGGAAAUGCCAUUUUGCCAGCAGGGUCCCAUAAUCAAGGACACCAAGACUCCACAUUUGAAAAACAAAGUAACAAUGAAAGAGAAUCUGACAAAAGAAAGCCGUUAACGAGUGAUGAAGACUUGAUAAUGGAAGAUUUGGAAAAGAAUUCAAAUAACAACAGGAUUCGAAAAGACAUGGUUUAAGGGACAUCAAAAUUCAGCUUUUAAAACAAAUGCACAUAUGAUAAGCAAAGACUAUUUACAGUUUGUGUUCCAUAAUGUGAUUAGCUAAAUCAUUCAAGGAAGAAG